GCGAUGUUGCUCUCGGCCGGCGAAAGGGUCUCUCUCUCGCUAGGGCAGGAGCGGCGAGAGGGGCGGACCUGGGGCAGCGCUUCAAGCCGGGGAGGAAGAAGAAGUCCUGGGCAGCAGCAAGAAAGCACCUACUCGCGGGUGGAAGGUGCCAAGCAAAGGAGGAGGAGGAGAGAGGCUGCCUGGAAGACUCCCAACUCUUGCAGUCCACUCGAAAGGAAAAAAGAAAGAGGUUGGGGAAGGAGCAGCUCAGCUCGCUUGACUGUGUCUUGGGUUUUCCUCCUUCUUCUCUCCUUUUGUAUUUUAAUUGUGGAAGAGGAGGGAGCUCCUGGAGAAGUCGGGCAGCCAAAAGUAGCCAGAGGAGAAGAGGGAGACUAGCUGGCUGCUUGGGGAGCAGCAGGAGCAGCAGCGAGAGGAGCAGCCCGCGGGCCCGGGGAAAAGGAGGAGCAACUCCACGCGGGUGCAGGAGACGGCGGGGAACCCGGCGCAGCCACCUUAAGGCGCCCGGCCGCGCGCCCCUGGCACGGCUCGGCUGCUCCCCCGGCGUGCGCGCACACGCAUCCAUACAAACACGCACACACGUGGGCGCUUGCCGCCUCCCAGCGCGCUGGGGCGCCGGCCCCUCGACCAAAGGGGGAGCUGCGGACUGUCUCCGGCAGGAGGAGGAGGAGGAGGAGGAGGAGGAGGAGGAGGACCGGGGGGCGGCAUCCCCCCUGGACGGGCUUCCCUCCGACUACCAGCCGGUGCCAUCUCACUUGAGGAGCGCGAGAGCUCGUGGGAAGCCGGAGAUCCGCGUCUCGGAAGCCCGCAGUUGAAUUGGUGGCCAGUUGCCUCUCUCUUUCUCUCCACCCGCCCAAACCCCUUCAGCUCUCUAAGAAACUAUUGACGUGAUUAUUAUUAUUAUUAUUUUUCUUUCGGGGUUUUUUUUUUUAAUCAGUAUCGCCCCUCUUCUCCUUUUUUCCUUCCUGGCGGAAGCGCAGCUACCAUUGCUGAUUUGCAAUCUGUUUGCUCUGGUGGUAACAACCUGCUUAAAAAGAAAAUCUUUGCAACCUGUUGCAGCUAUUUUCGAAAAAAGAAAAACCGCUCAUCAACCUGUUGCAGUUUUUAAUAAGAAGCGACUGCCGGGUUGAACUUGCUGCUUCUGCUGCAACGCCACGGCUCCUUGCAAUCUUGCGACCCAAAUCCCAACAUUUUGGAGGCCAGAAAUCCGGUGCAAGCUACUGUUUGGACUAGCGAUCUGUUGCAUUCCUCCCCUCUCUCCAAAAUCUAUAAUAUAUAUAUAAAUUCUCAGCCUUAUUCUCACGCGUCCACAUAAGCAAGUAGACCGGAGGGGGGAGGGGGGGAACCGGUCACUUUUUUUUUUUUUUGGGUAGGGGAGAAGGUGAAGAGUGAGAAAACGUGCUUUUUGGUGCUUUCUCUCUCAACCUUCCUAAAAAUGCACUGCUACCUGUGGAGCGUCUUCCUCACCUUGGAUCUGGCCACGGUGGCCUUCGCCCUGUCGACGUGCAGCACCCUCGACAUGGAUCAGUUUAUGCGCAAGAGGAUCGAAGCGAUCCGGGGGCAGAUCCUGAGCAAACUGAAACUCAACAGCCCUCCGGAAGAGUACCCGGAGCCCGAGGAGGUUCCUCCGGAGGUCAUCUCGAUCUACAACAGCACCAGGGACCUGUUGCAGGAGAAGGCGAACCACAGGGCAGCUACUUGCGAGAAGGAGAGGAGCGACGAGGAGUAUUACGCCAAAGAGGUUUACAAAGUAGACAUGCAGCCUACUUUCCAGUCCGCAAGUAAGUGCGAAUGCGCGCGCCUGCGGCUGUUUGGGGGCAGAAAAACGCGCACGCGGUCAGAGCGAGCCUUGCUAAGAUCAAAAUCUCUAUAAAAUAAUAUAGGCUGUCCUGACUGUUUAAGCACAGCCCAGGGGUACAGCUACCCAAGAAUAAAAUAAAAUUUGAGGUCGCCUCUAAGAAUACCGAAGCCCCUCCCAAUUUUAAAUAUUUCUGCAUUUUAAAUAUUUUUCCAGAUCUGGUUCUGUGAUGCUGGGGUGGAGAUGAGAUACGGAGAGGGCGGGUGAAUGAAGCACCUUUGCACCAGAGGGAGAUCUACGAACUGAAAUCUGGGAUCCUCAAUAGGGUUUAUGUUCAGGCUCCUGUGUCUUGGGGAUCAUCCCCCCUGUUUUUCUGUGUGGGACCUCAGUCCUGGCACAUGACACAUAGUCUCUAGAAGGGCAUUCUCCAGAGCAUGUGCAGAGUGCUUUACCUUUGCCUCUCUACUGGACAGGAAAUCUGAGAUCCAGAGUUAAGGGCUUCCUGGGAAUACUGUGCGACUCCCACCUAAUCUUUGUCUCUGGCACCUCUCAUUUUGGAAUCUAAGCACCCGGGAAUCACCCUUCGAAAAGAAGGGGACAUCUGGCAGUUCUCCUGCCUCACUCCCAUCGUUUUUGGCAGUGCCUGGUGCCUUCCGAUGCCAGAUACAUUAAUAAGCCUCCUUAUCUGUUCUCAUCCUCAAAUUCCCUGUUUAUUUUUCAAAGCCCUCCCCUCCGCCCCCACUUUGGGUGGGAACAGUGGCUUCUCAAUCUGUUCUCCCUGGAUGCUCUCCAUCCAGUCUUUGCCUGCCCCUAGCCAGCCAGCAAUCAGUGUAUGUUUCCCCUUAGUAUUUGGCCAACACCUGGGUCAACAAACUUUCCCCUUAAUAGGAUUAGUUUACUUUGUUAAAGCCCACCCCCCACCCACCCCAAAAGUAUUCUCUCAGCUCUUUUCUUAUCACCUGCCUAGCCCCCCCCCUUCAGUUCAGUUGGUAGCUUCCAAAGCUGAUCACUUCACUUCCCACUGCUGGUUUGUGUCUGAUAUGGGCAGUGGUCCAUUUCAAUGUACCUUGGAGAGAGGGGAGCAAUCUAGCUCAGUAGUGUAUCCACCCCAAAACCAAGUUUCUUUUGAAGCUGGCUGCUGCAAUUGGUACAAGCAAAAAAAGGACAGAUCCUCCAGGAAGUGCCUCUUUAGAUCCUAUUUUCAAUUUAGUCGUUUCCAUUUGUGGUGACCUUAUUUCCAGGUACAAAAUGAUACUCCCUUAAUUCUUUUUUUUCUCUUUUCAAGUCCAGCUUCCUGGACACAGUCUGUGAAGGCUUCAGCUGGAACUGAUUAUGUGCACUCUUUUCUGAAAAAUAAAUUAGAGCUUGAAAGAGCUGGCUCUGUGCAUUGGGCCAGAGCCACUGUGGUCCAGAGACUUAGUGUUUGGAGGUGGGAGACAUGAAUUCAAAUCCCACCUCUGACUUGGACUUGCUGGUUUGGCUUUGGCCGGCCGACUCUUGUCUAGCAGCCGUUCUGAGGAAUUCUAUGCAUUUACUCAGAAUAUUGAGCCCAACGAGUUUUGUACCUGAGUAAGUGUGCAUAGGAUUGCAGCCUUGCUGUGCAGUAAUUUACAAGCUUACUCAGAAGUAAGUUCCACUGCAUUCAACAAGGAUAGCAGCCUUAGUCUUUUCAGCUGUAAAAUGGACCCAUUCACAUUCCACUGUAGUCAGUUCACCUUUUUGGCCAGCUGGGGUGGGUGGGUAGGAAGGGAAGAAUACGUAGAAAAUCAAACCCCAAUGUUGAUCAUUGUAGGAAACUUCGUAUGAGAAAAAAAAUGAGGCAGCUUUACUACAUGCCUAGGCUAAGUGUUUCUUUCCUCUGAUUUGUUUUCCAGUCUUCCCCCUCCCCCCCACCCCCCACCCCUAUAACUUUAUUUGAUACUCAUAUACUUGGUCUGUCUCUGAAAAGCGCAUACCUCUUUCCGAAAUGCGUAAUGCAGCCACCUUGGCAGCUUUAGCCUAGACUUUCUAAUUGUAGCCUCUUCUAUUUAUUUUGAAGGCAACCAGGGUGUAGGUUUUUGAGGCUUGCUGGGGCUUGCUAGCGAGAGUCCCAGGAUGCCAGCCAGGGAGCUCAGAACCCCCCCCCCUUUCUCCUUGUGCUGCUGCCUCCCCCUUUUUUAUUUGUUAAAAAUGACAAUCUCUGGAAGAGGACACCGCUGGCAAUCAAAGGGUUUUAUUAUUGCAAUUAAGGCACCAUCCAGAAUGUCUGUGAUAAAUGUGCUCCACCCUUGUUGCCCCGAGGGAAGGAAGACUUUGUCAAGUGUGCUGGAGCCAAGUGGGUAUGCGCAAGCUCUCUAGCGUAAUUUGUAGCAAUAACAUUGAGGCACAGAAGAGAAUGGCAAGGCUGCUCCCCCCCCCCUUCUUCUUAAAUAGACGUUUCACCCACCCACACUGAUCUUCCGCUGGCUCAUUGGAGAUCUCUUUGUUUGUUUCGCAGGAGUCUGUGCUCUGAGACUGUUUACCAGCCAAUCUAUAAUCCUAGCAGCAUCUUGAUCUAGGCUUAUCACCUUUUAGCUGGAGAUUUUUGUUUUGUUUUGUUUCUGACAUCUUUCUAACCACACUUCUCCUCCUCCCUGUAAAGAGGCAAAGCUAGCCUGGCUAAACAUUGCCUUCUGGAGAAUGUAAACAAUCCAAGCUGCGAUCCGGGGAAUAAUUAAAAACCCUGUGAGAAUCUCCUCCAAAGCUGGGGCUGUAGGCAAAACAGCCCUUGGAGGACAAGUGCGGAUAUUGCAGGUACCCGCCAAUAGAGAGCAUCAUGAGUUUAAGAGCUGAGGCCCCGUCUCAAGCUUCAGCCAGCCUUACUGUGGAAAUGCUUGGUUGGGAAGAUCACAGUAAGUGGGUUAACUGUUUUUCCACUGUCUAGUUAUAUAUGCUGGGCUGGACAAGACAUUCUAAGGAAGAAAAAAUAUACAGCCAAGAAGAAAUAUAUAAUCUGAAUGAGUGAAUUGAAAAUGCAGGUUUGGACUGCUUUGUACACUUUCCUUCAGACUUACGGGGUGGUGGGUCUUUUUUCCCUUUUUUUUUUUUAACUCUCCAGUUCCUGCAUUAGUUGAGCAGGCAGUGAUGCGGGAAGAGAAAGGAGAUCUCUGCAAACACACUGAGGUCAUAGAGUGAAAGGCAUGGGAAAGAGCCAUCAUUCAGAGUUCUUUUUAAAAACUGCCCCCCCUUUUUUUUUACCACAGAGAUGUUAGCAUUUGGUAACUGACUAUGGCCCAAGUAUUGCAAAUAUGCUCUAAUUAUACUCACAGUCGGCUAUAUAUCACUAAGCAGAUCCCUGAUAGGUCUUUGUGGGACAUUUGUAACAGUCAGUCUAAAUAUUUUUAGCAAUGGAGAGAUUUAAAAGGAAAACGCAAAGAGAUAUUGUAUAUAUCCCAGGGCAUAUUUUGUCUUAAAUAUUAUCCUUGGCCAACUGUACUAUAUAAAUACAGUAAAUAUGAAUAGCCUUGGCAUGUUGCCAAUCUCCUGGGAUGAAUUUUAGUCAAGAAGGUAUUUAUGGGAUAUAAAUAAUACUGUGUCAACAUUUAAAGAAGGGAUCUGAUUAGCUCAGAAUUUAUUCGUAUUAAUCUUUUCACGUGCUGUUAGUUUAAGGCUCAAAGCGAAGUUGUGUUAAGGUUUUGCCGAUAGUUUGCACCAAGGGAAUGAAAGGGCACUGGGCUUUUUUACAUGAUGGUUUGUGGGAGCACAAAAGGAGACAGUGACUUGGGUCGGGCAUGGAAAUCAACGUGUAUCAGGAAUUAACAGGCCUAGAUUUCUAAGAUACAGGCAAGGAAAUAUCCCUGAGUGGCUUGGGGCAUCCUUUCAUUAGCUGUGCUCUGUGUCUUCCUUACAAGUCUCUAAUUUGCUUCAAUUGAGGUUACACAAAGUUCACAGCUAUAAUGUACAUUGCAUGGAGGUCAAUGGAAAAAGCUUAAUGGACUUCCAUGGGUCCUACAGCUGUGAAUCAAGGGUGGGGAACCUUUGUUCCUCCAGAUGUUACUGACCAGCUCCCAUAAUCCCUGGCCAAUGGUCACAUUCAGUGUUUGUUUUCUGGAGGGACGCAGGGGUACGUAUACCCCUAAACAUUUUGUGAAUCUAAGUUUGGCCUCAUUGAGGGGCAGAAUUACAAUAUGAGUAGGAAAAUGAGAGUACCCCUAAACACUUUUUUAAGAAAAAAAAGCACUGGCCAUGUUUGCUGAGGUAGAUGGUAUUUGUAGUUCAAGAACAUCUGGAAGGCCAAAGGUUGCCACACCUGCUCUAGAUAAACACCGCAAACAUAAAUAGCAGUUCUCUUUAUCUAGGAAUCAUAGAAUUGUAGAGUUGGAAGGGACCCCAGGAGACAUGAUUGAGAACCCUGAUCUCCCAGGCUUUCUCAAUCCCCCUGGAGCCUCCAUAGAUACAACAGUUGUGAAGCCUUGGGGGAGGGGCUUAAGGUGUGUUCCUGCAGUCCCACUGUACCUGUGUUCCUCCAUAGCUCUGAAGGACUCAUUGCUCUUUGGCUGUGAAACCUGUGUUGAUUGUGUGUGGAAUUAUAAUUUUAAGAACAUAAGAAGAGAGCUUGUUGGAUCGGGCCAAAGGCCCAUUUAGUGCAGCAUCCUGUUGCCAAAGUGGCUAACCGGAUGCUAUGGGCAUCUGGCAAGCAGAAGAUGCCUUCAUGGCUGGUGAUUUGGUAAGAUGUCCAGAGAGUAAGCUGUCCUGUAUAGCAAGGAUGGGCAACCUGGGGCUCCUCUGCUGUAGCUGGACUUCCAACUCCCGUCAGCCCCAGACUGCAGAGCAAAUGGUCGGGGAUGAUGGGAAUUAUUGUAGCCCACUAACAUCUAGAGGUCCACCGGUUCCCCAUUGCUGUCCUGUAGGAUGACCCUAAACAGCUUAUAAAUGAGUAAGAAAUAAAUGCAUGCCUGAUUACUUGUCCCCGAGUGUGCGGAUGGAAUCUAUUGAAAGUAUUGUGUUUGAAAUGAUACAAGAGGAUAUAAAACAUGAUAUUGGAAGGACAAAAUGUGGGGUAUUGCAUCUUUGAUGGCUAUUGACACAUGCAGGCUAUCAUUUGAUAGGCAGUCCAUAAACAUAGAUGCAUGAAUCACAAGCAGAACUGUGUGUGAUAGGGCUGGUCUUUAAGUGCUGAUGAAGCAAAAUCUGGCGCAGCAUUUUGGUUCCAAGCAUCAGUCACCCAUUUGAAAGCAACAACAAAGCCUCUCUAGCUUUUAAUAGAUGUGAAGCGCAUCCUCUUUCUUUUUGGCAUUAUAGUAUCAAUUCUCCUUCCCCUCUUCCUCUUCUUCUUCCUUUAAUAAACUUUAUUGAAAAGAUAACAGGAUUACAGGAGUGGAAUAUAAAAGCAAACCUCAUAUCAUACACAGGGCAUUGAGGAUAAGAGUCCAUCAGGACAACCAGAUUUUCCUCAUUUGGGGCAGAUUUUGUGUAUUGGUUCCAAAAGUGUAAGAAAAAAAUUCCCACCGUGUAGCCGCAUAAAAACAUUCCAGAUCUUCUGAUCCAUUAGAGACCUUUAAAUUAUGGGACUGCAUCUUUUUCAUAAUUUCUUUUAGCCCUGAGGUUAACCAGGACCACAUUCAUGGUUUCUGUGUUAGUAUCGAACACUGGAAAGCAAAUUAGGAUGACAUGGGAAUUUAGUUCCUCCUCCAGAGAAUUAGUAAUGUACCUUUCCAGAGCCUGAGUUGUACACCUUGUUUCUAAUAGCUAUAAAAGGACCAAUUAUGUCUUUUCUUUCUCCUUUCGCUGAGGAAAAACUUUGCUUUCUGUAAUGAGAGUUUUGCUUGAGUAAGAGCUGGGCUUAAGUUUAGAGAAUAACUUACCCCUUUGAAGUUUGGACGUUGGGAUAUAAAUUUACAGAGUCCUGAAAAACUGCAACUGUUUAUACUUUUCGUAGCAGUUCCACAUGAAAGUUAACUAAUUUAAUGCAGAACAGUUCACCCCCUGCACAACCGUACUCCUUAAAUUGAAUCUCUAGUCUACACCUCAAUUUUAUGAGAGCCACUGGUGUGAUUUAUCCUUCCAUUAGCUCUGUUGCAUGAAUAUUUGCUUCACGUAGUCUUCCACCCCCUUCCUUUGCUGAGUAUUUUACCUAAUGAAAGAAAACAUUAUAAACCAGCUACAUACAAUGGCAUGUUUCUACUUUAUCAACAAGGAAUUGAUUUACUAGUGUUUAUAUGUGUGUAGGUUUCUUGUCUUCAGAGGAAUUGGGUUACUAGUAGAGUACAGAAGUAGCUGUGGGCUUUUGUUUUCCAGAGGGUUACACAGCCCCACAGGGUGGAAUGGAUAAUGGGGAAAUUACGAUAUCAGCCCUAAUCACACUUACUGGGAAGUAAGUGAAUUCUGUGGAACUCACUUCCAGUAAGGAUUUGGGCUGCAGGGAAUUUGGGUCAUGGGAAUGAGAAGUGGCUGAAGGGAAUGGGAGAUAUCACAGCUUCAGAAAGUGUGCUGCUGCUCUGGUGAUUGGAGGAGGGACGUAUUGGCGUGGAGUGACAUUCCUCUUCUUCAUGUGGAAGUAAGAUUAAGUGUUUCUUGUAACAGGUGCCAGAUAGGUGGACAGAUGCAUAGCAAAGAACAUAAGAGCCUGAUGGAUCAGGCCAGUGGCCCACCUAGUCAAGAAUCCUGUUCUCACAAGGUCCAACCAGCCUGCAAGCAAGGCCCGACAGCUUUCUCCCAAAUUGUGAUUCAGAAACUUGCCUUGAGGGGCAUACUGCCUCUGACAGUGGAGCUAGAACAUAGCCAUCAUGGCUAGUAGCUGUUGAUAGGCGUUAUCUUCCACAAACCUGUCUGAAUUUAUUUUAAACGCAUCCAAGUUGGUAGCCAGCACUACCUCUUGCAGGAGUGAAUUCUAGAAUUUAACUAAGAUGCAGAGGCUAGACUAGUCAGGAAUCUGUUGGAAUUUGAGGACAUAAGUUUUGAUCAGCACAUUUGAAGGAGAUGGAUAAGGUGCAAUGAGUUCUCAAGUCUUGCCAAAACAGACAUUCAGAAGGCAUCUAAUGCAGCCCUGUUCGGAAGUUUUAAUGUGUGACAUUUUAGUGUAUUUUUGGAGUCUUGAAGCGCCAGAGUGGCUGGGAAACACAGCCAGAUGGGCGGGUAUGUCAUUAAAUUAUUAUUAUUACACACACACACAAUACACGGUGUCAGUGCUGGUGUAUGGACAACAUGCCCUACCGUCCCUGUCCGGUGGCCAUGCUGGCUGUAACUGAUGGGAGCUGUAGUCCACCAACAUCUGAAGGUCACCAAAUUGGCUACGUUUGUAUUAAUAUGUUGCUUAGGAAAGUUGUGGGACCAUCUUCUCUGAAACUUUGAACACCCUGUGAGACAGAGAGGCCACCUUGACAAGUGAGUGAAGCAUGGGGACCCCCGCAGUGGCAUGCUGUAUCUCCCCAUUGCCUCAGAUGCUACUCCUCUAUACUCCUCCACUCUUUCUGAAGUGGUAUCACUCGAGAGAGCUAAACUUUGCCCAGAGCCCACGAGUUGUUGAAUCAUAUUUUGAGAUAAAUAGGGACUAGCUUCAUGCACUUGCCGAUAAAGCUCAUGAGUGAAUCCUUUACAUAUAGUGAAGUAGCUGGCUCUUGGGGCUGCCAUACAUCCCACUUGUGUUGCAAGAUAUGGUAAAGGUAAAGGACCCCUGGACGGUUAAGUCCAGUUGAAAUUGACUAUGAGGUGUGGUGCUCAUCUCAGCUUUCAGGCCGAGGGAGCUGGCAUUUGUCCACAGACAGCUGUGGCCAGCAUGACUAAACUGCUUCUGGUGCAGUGACGGAAACCAGAGCACAUGAAAACACCAUUUACCUUCCUGCUGCAGCGGUACCUAUUUAUCUACUUGAGCUGGUAUGCUUUCGAACUGCUAGGUUGGCAGAAGCUGUGACAAAACAGGAGCUCACUCCGUCGCACAGAUUUGAACUGCUGACCUUAAGAUUGGCAAGCCCAAGAGGCUUGGUGGUUUAGACCACAGCACCACCCAUGUCCCACACGAUAUGACACAGGUGGUGCUGGCUGCAUUCAAGAUUCCAUAUAGCAAGGCAAGUCCAUCUUGAUGCUCCUAUGCAUAGCACUGCCUUCAGAUCUUUCAAGUCUCUGUAUAAGGGGCAUCCAGUGUGAGACCCUCCAGAAGUUACACUCCCAUCAUUCCUGACCAUUGCCGAUGCUGGUUGGGGCUGAUGGAGCAUGGGUCCAAUAACAUCUGAAGAACUCAAUGUUGGUUUCCUAUGGUAUGUAUUUUAUCACUAUGCAACAUUGUUAGAUUUGGUACCUCAACCAGUGGAGUCUGGUCCACUUACUCUUAGUCUCCUUGCCUUCUCCCCAAAAGGCAUCAGCCACCACUGCUCAAAGCAUCUUCAUCAGGUGACUAUACUUGAUUAGUCCUUUUGCACCAUUCUCUGCAGCUGGCAGUGCUGCCCAUAUAUUAUCAUUGGAGAUCACCAUGCAUGGCAGUUUACUAUUCAUUGUUAGCAUUUAUUCUAUACCUUUUUAAUAAAAUAUCUAAGGUAGCUUGCAAGCAAAGAAGCUAACCAAUGCUGGGACCUGGAUUCUGACCUUCCUGAGAAAUUGCCUGGAGUGGAGUUUGUCUCAUUUUGGAGUGGAGACUUAAAUGCAGAGACUUGAAAAAUGAAGUGCAUCUUCUCCCCAUUGUCCGCAGUUGGCACUGCUACACAAAACAUGCAUUAUGACAUUUUCAUGGGACACCAUCACACGUGCCAAUGGUAGAACAUGUCUUUAAUUCUGAGCCUAUUGGGGGAAUUGGCUUCAGAUGAGCUUCUCUCAUUUUGGAACAGAGACUUAAAUCCAGACACUUGAAAAUGAGUCAUAUCUGGGAAAGGUUUAUAGGCUGUAAGUACAAUUUGUACCAAAACCCUCUAGUGUAAAAAGUGAAAACUAUAGUCACCAGGGACAGUGAUCUGCUGAGAGAGAAAGUGCCUUCACAUUAAACUGGCUGAGGCUUUUAGAAGAAGAGGGUCAGGGUUCUUCACUGCUCCUUAUUAAAUUAUGAAAAGAGUAAUUGGAUCUCCAAUAAAGAAUGUCUUAAUAGAAAUGGUAACAUCUGGUGGGUCACAGGUUCCCUAUUGCGGUUUUCCAAGAUCCCAGCCGUCAAAUCUAUGAGCUGUCUCUGGGUGAAGUAGUCAUCGUUUUCACCUGGAGGGCUAUUGCCUACAUGCCACUGUUGGAAAAGGGAUGCCAGACUAAAUGGACUUGGGGUCUGCUCUUCUUACUGUUGCGGGUUGAUGGACUUUCUCCCUUACCCUGAUAACCAUAGCUAUUCUGCAUAGCCUAGGUGUGCUUAAAUCAGGCAUAGGCAAACUCGGCCCUCCAGAUGUUUUGGGACUACAGCUCCCAUGAUCCCUAGCUAACAGGACCCGUGGUCAGGGAUGAUGGGAAUUGUAGUCCCAAAACAUCUGGAGGGCCAGGUUUGCCUAUGUCUGGCUUAAAUAUAUGUGCUUAAAGCUAGGUGUGCUUCAAUAUGUGCAUAGAAUCAUAGAAUUGUAGAGUUGGAAGGGACCCUAAGGAUCAUCUAGUCCAACGCCUCUGCAAUGCAGGAAUCUCAGCUAAAGCAUCCAUGACAGAUGACAUGUCUGUUGAGUCCACUGAGACUUACUCCCAGGUGGAUGUGUAUGGAAUUGGAGCCUAAAUCAUUAGGAUUUAGUUAUGAUUUGCCAAACUUUUCCCAUUGACUUUUAUGAGACUUCAGAGUGAUUUUUUGUGUGCGGAGUGGGAGCAAGGAGUGUCGGAAUCUGCAUGACCUGAAGUAACCUUUGUAGCUCAUAAGAACCUGGCAUUUCAUAAAGAAUCACAAGACUCUCUGAGUUUUAACUCAUUUCCGAGAAGAAUAUUGGCAAAAUGCCCAUCAAUAUAAUGUGUGUGUUGUAAAGUUUCUAGUGCUCAUGAAGACAGAAUAACAGAAUAAAAACCUUGCCGUUUCUGCACAAGCGUUAAGUGUUAGAGAGGGCCAUCCGAUUGCCAAGAAAUUCAUUGGGCACAACUGUCUUCCAUCUUUACCUCGGUAUCUGACAAAAAAAAUUAUGAAAUGACAAAUGCUCGAGGGAGGGGAAGAUUAAAGUACACAGUUUAAGAACAUUUGUCACAAUGAUUUGUGUAAAUCAACAUUAACAAAAUGCCCAUCUACAUCGGGUGUGUGUGUUAUAUAGGGAACUUAAAGUUGCAGUGUCUGUUGCACGCAUCCCCAGGGAAUGCUUUCGGCAGAGCAGGGAAGGGGGCAAGUUUUGCCUUUACCGCAAUGGAAUGCAGCAGUUUCCUUUUUAUCACAGGAGUGAAUGGCAGCCAUUCCCUGAUAUGGGAGAAAGCAAAAGUCUGUGCCUAGAAGGGGCUCCAUUUGUGUUUGGGGUUACCUUUGUCCCUGGCAGAUCCAUGGGGUGGGGGAAGAAUAGGCUUCCCCCCACCCAUCAGUCUUGCUGGGGGUCACCCACUUAAAGCUGUCCCAUUCAAUUUCACGAAAACCAUGAAGACCUGAAUUUGCUACCCUGGCGCUCCGUUCUCUUUCUUGCCCGCUCUAGCUGAUUGGUGGUGAGAAUCAUGGGGCUCCACAGUGCAGCCAACCCCUGCCCAUAGCAGGACUUCUUGUACAGGAAGCCCCAAUGGAAUCUGCUGCUCAAAGUGGUAAAAAAUACUUUGGGUCACUUGGUGCUACUGUGAUGUCAGGUGCCGGCUGGAUCCUAAUUUUCACCUCUGCUCUAGAGUGUAGACAGAGAACCCAGGAACUUUAUAUGCACAAUGAAUCUAUUGGAGAACUCCACCUCCCUUCUGAGGAGUGAACAUUUACCGAAAUGCCUCACACAGCAUGGACUGCUAACCAUCAACAUCAAAGGAAAUGAAAUACUAGGUCUUCAGUUUUUAGUUUUUCUGCUUUCAGGGACAACGUGAUCUGAGAGCUGGCUUGCCCAACCUGGUGCCCUCCAGAUGUCUUGUACUACAAUGACCGUGCCCUCUGGGGCUGACGGCUGUUGCCAUCUGAAACAUCUGAAGGGGGUCAGGUUGGGAAAAGCUAAGGAGUCCCUUCCAGUUGGCCUGUACAGUGUCUCUCCUUGGAGUCUUUCUCUGCUACAGAUUCAGUGGAAGUUCCCAGUGCAUCUUUGACAAAACAAGUCAUUAGUGAGAAUACACAAAUGUUUCCACUCCCGUUGCAAAACCUUAUGCUAUACUUAGUUCUCUCUCUCUCUUUCUCUUACUCUCCCCCCCCCCCAAGGCAUUUUUCAGCAUGGGAAUGAUAUGUUCCCCAGGUAUUAUUUUAAUUUAAUAAGUGCAUCAACAGCACUGUUUAGACUAAACACAUUUAUUUGCUUGUUUGUUUAGAGUGUGUUUGCUUCCCGAUUGUAACUGGGCUGGCGUUUGGUUUUUUUUUUGCUUCUUUUUGCAAAGAUGCUAUCCACGAGUCGAGUGCUUAAUGGCAUGAUUUCUAUCACUGUGCUUUUCAGCAUGGUUCAGUUUCUAAUAGUUGUUUCUCUUUGUUGACAAAAUCAAUUUUCCCCACAUUGUUUUGAUUUAAUGACUAAGAAUGCAACGUCUGCAGUGGACAAAGAGAUUAUAGGAAGGGUGCCGUUUAGUGAAUGUGUAUGAUGGCAACCUUAGCUCAAUUUGGAUGCAAACACUAAACCGUGGUUUAGCGUUACAGGAAGAAGUCCUGGACUUACAUGCUUCCUCCCUCUCUCAUUGCAUCCUUGACUCUGUCAUGGCAAAUCAUAAUUACGUCCAGUAAUUACAAACUAAAGUGCAUCUGUAAAUCAGAAAUGACACAGUGUGAUUUCCAGUACUGGCUUGUACACAAGCAAACCAUAGUUUGCUCAGCUUAAUGUAAUGGCAAACUGUGGUUACAAUCUAGUUCGUAAAUUUAUUAUUCUAGCCAAAGGCCAUGACAAACUCGUAGCAAUAGUAUUAAUAAAAUAAUACAGACCACCUAUCUAUAGUUAGCCUGUGGUUACAUAGAAUCAAAGAAUUAUGGCAUUGGAAAAGACCUUUGGAGUCAAGCAACCCAACUUCCUGCUCAGUACAGAAUCUACAAUGAACAUAUAAGCCCACAGCGCCUCUGACAGAUCUCUUUUUGCAGGACAAGAAGGAAGGGAGUGUGGGAAUCCAUGAUUCAUUCACGUAACAUGAACUGAGCUGAGCUGGUUUCCUAAUCUUUUCAUACCUGCAGCGCAUUUCUUUUUCCUAGGCUGUAACUGGAAUAGCACUUCACUUACUAAAUUCAAAAAGAUACACCUGCAUUUCCUUAAUCAGCUCCCAGCAAGUUGGUACUGGUUAAAAUUGCCUCCUGGUGUUCUGUGUCUCCCUUUGCCUGGUAAGUCAAGGUUCAGGUAUACGCUUUGAAUACAGUUAUGUUGCUUCUGGGAUUCCCUGAACCUACCAGGUAUAGAAAGAACUGUCAGUGAAUCCUGGCAGGAGCCUCAGGACAAAUGCCACUAUUCAUAUAUUGAGAAAUGGCGGAACUCAAUGAGCCCAGGCUGAUGGAUGCUUAACUUUUCAAACAAUGCUUCCAUCCCUGUUGUGAUUCACUAGAGCAGGGGUAGCUAAACCGGUGCCCUUCAGAUUGGACUACAACUCCCAUCAGCCCAGCCAGCAUAGCCAGUCAUCAGAGAUGAUGGGAGUUGAGAAUCCCAAGAACAUCUGGAAGGAGUCACCAUGUUAUCUACCUCUGCACCAGAGUCCCAUGGCAUGCAUUUUAAGAACUGCUGGGCUUUUCGUGCCAAUGACGAACACUGAAUGCACAUCUGCAGAGUCAUCAAAUGCUAAAAGUCUGGAGAGCUCUGAUACUUGCAGAUGGUUACUCUAUUGGAAAGGAGCAACGCUUUCAGCGGAGGGAGCUCAUUGUUGUGCCUGUGGAUAGGAUCUCCCUUUUGAAAUGGGAAGCUCUGCGCACACACAAGAACAUGUGGAAGGAUGGAUUGGUGCACUUUGUAAAUGUGUAUAUGUAUAAUUUGCAAAGGCAGAAGUAAAGUCAAUGUAUUGCAUAAGCUAUCCUUGAGUAAGAGUCUGUGGAAAAAACAAGACCAUAUCUACUUAUUACCACCCACAAUUGCUGUAUACAGGCAAUUGCUUAACUUAACAUUUGUGGGCGUUUCUCUGGGUGCCCCCACCAAAGAAUAAUAACAAUUAAUAAUAAUAAUUUAUUAUUUAUACCCCACCCAUCUGACUGGGUUUCCCCAGCCACCCUGGGCAGCUCCCAACAGAAUUAUUAUUAUUAUUAUUAAUAAUAAUAAUAAUAAUAAUAUAAUGUGACAAAACAUAAAACAUUAAAAAUUUCCCUAAACAAGGCUGCCUUCAGAUGUCUUCUAAAAGUCAGAUAGUUGUUUAUUUCCUUGACAUCUGAUGGGAGGGCGUUCCACAGGGCAGGUGCCACUACCGAGAAGGCCCUCUGUCUGGUUCCCUGUAGCUUCACUUCUUGCAGUGAGGGAACCGCUUCUCGAAGACUUAGAGUUUUGAGAGGCAAGGCAGAUGGGGGUCAGUAGCUAAAUCCUUGAUGGUGGCCACAGCAUCUUUGUAUGACAAUCUCUGGUGUGCGAUAAGUGUUGGUAUCUUUUAAAAAUACUGUAUUCGUGUAAACAUGGGGUCUGUGACUAAUUCUGUAGCUAUUUCCCCAAGAACUGGCCAGUAUUCUGUCAUUGUUCAAGUAGCUUAGUGUCUUUUAAAAAGAGAAUUGGCUGUUUCAGGUGAUCUCUCCAUAAUGGCACUACAUUAGAGGAUAAAACCUUGGAGUUUUCAGAGGACAUUUCUCCUGCUUGAAAGGCAAUUGGUGGGAAGCGUUCACAGAUUUCCACAGUCCUCUGAAUCCUGGGCUCCUGGUUGCAAGAAUUGCAAGGUUAACCAUUAUAAUAAGGCAGGGCCAUCGUUGCUUUCAGCCCUCUAGCAGCUCAAACAGCAAGGGGCAUGCAUACCUCUACAGGACUUGAACCCUCCCACAACAAGAGCAGGGAACAUUUGGCCCUCCCGGUGUUGCUGAACUACAACUCCCAGCAGCCCUUGCAAGCAUGACCAGUGACUUGGGAUGAUAGAAAUUAUGGUUCAGCAACAUCUGGAAGGCUAAAGGUUCCUCGCACGUGUGCUAUAAGAACCUGAGAGGGAAUUGCAGAGCAAAUAGUUUGAGGUACUUCAAGCAUGGUAUACAGCAGACAUGGGGAACCUGUGGCUCUCCAGAUGUUGUUGGGACUCAACCUCGCAUCAGCCUGAACCAGCAGCUGUAGUCUAUCCACAUCUGGAUGUUUCCUGCUGUAGAGGAAAGCACAGGGUUCUGAUCAUCUGUAGCCAAUGUGACUUGAGGGGAAGAUUCCAGUAUAUAAUCAUUUAUGUAUAAGGUCAGUCAGGCCUUGAGGAAGUCAUUCCAAAGGAACAUUUAGUAUGCUUGACUCUUUUCUACCUUGGCAAUUUGUUCCUGUGGUCAACUCCAGAGUAGCAGUCUAGAGCUCUACUUGCAUUUUAUAUUAUUUUGCAUUAAAGUCAAGUGCAGUGGUACAGUACCUUGGUUUACAAACUUAAUCCGUUCUGGAAGUCCGUUCUUAAACCAAGGCAUGCUUUCCCAUAGCAGCAGGGGACUCAAUUUACAAAUGGAACACACUCAACAGGAAGCGAAACAUGUUCUUAUUCCAAGGCAAAUUUCACAAACCAAAACACCUACUUCCGGGUUUGCAGCAUUCUUAAUCCAAGUUGUUCAUAACCUAAGCUGUUCUUAAACCAAGGUACUUCUUUCCCUGGAGGUAUUUAAGGAAAUGCUAGAUGACCAUCUGUUAGGAAUGUUGCAGAUUCCUGCACUGAGCAGGGAGGGUGAGGCUAGAUGUCCUUUGAGGUACCUUCCCUCUUUAAAUUUCUAUAAGCUUUCUGAAUGGCGUUUAUUGUAAAGUUAAAAGACUGAAAAUAAAAUCCUGUCGUUGAUAGUAAAAAAAUACUGGCUUGCACAUUGCAUUUCAGUAACCCCGGUAACAUUAUUCUAAGUCAAAUGCAAGAGGAAAGUGAGGGGAGGAAAAAUGCUGUGAAUUUGACCUUGGCCACGUUUGUUUGGCUCUUUGCCUCACUGUCAAAUUCACACUGUACUGACAAAUGCCGCAUCUGCCCUGACACAUCUGCAGGCGUUCAUUCAUAACGCCAGGUUCUCAUAAGGAUCCAUUCGUUACUUCCUUUCACAAUUUUGGAUUGCAUCUUUUGGGGCUGGAUCCAGAUCUUGUGAUCUGAAUCUCCACUCAAUUUUUCAUGUCCAAUUGAUUCUUUUUUUAAAAAAAAAGUUGUUGCAAAAAAUCCAAGAGGGAAAUCUUGCCUGGGAGAGAGCACUGUAUUAUAUAUGUUUUAGAUAGUACGUGUAUAUCUGUUUAACAGCAUCAAAACAUAUGUUGUUGCCAAAGCCCAAAUUGGAAUGUUCUGGGAAAGAUAAUUUAAUUUUUAGCGCUUGGAUCAGUGUCAGCGAUGGAUGGGAAUUUCGACACUUCCUGGGGAGAGUCUGCCGGUGGUGAUUAUACACACGCAGCAAAAUGCAGCAGUAAAUCUCUCAUUCUUUCAAACUCCCUUUCUCCAUCUCAUAGAAAUCCAUGAUAUUUUCCUUGUUUGGCCAGUGUCAGGGUGUUUACACUGGCAUACUCUCAUUCAAAACUCUGCCCUGAAUUUUAAAAGGCAGCCCAACUGCUGCUGAAGGCGUUUUGGUUUUUCUGAUUCUGUUUUUUGUUUACAUUUAGCAUUUGCAAGUCAGCAGCUUGGUCGGCUCAGAUAGAGUUUUGUGGGUAAAAAACAGAGCAUCUGUCACACUGCCUUGCCUGGAAGGUAGGGAAUCGCAGCAGUCUACAUCUCUGCACAAAUAUGAGGAUGGUAUCUGGCCUAUGAGGAAUGGAAAACACUGGUGCCAUGUUCCGAAGUGUGACAGGCUUCUGAUACUUAACACAGAGGUCCACAGAAAUGAUUUGCACCCUUAUCAAUAGAAACACUAGGGAUACCAAUAGAGGCACUAGGAAUGUCAGGCAUACACAAGGGCCGAGUGCCAAAGUGGGUUUGAGCAGAUCCCUAGGUGACUGGUAUUUGGGGUGUGUGUGUGUUUGUGUGAGGAUGCCAGCUACUUCAUUUUAAAACAGGAAGCCCAAAAAGAGGAGAAAUCAUUGUGUGCAUGUGCACAGUUGAAAGAUUCACAGGACAAACGUUGGCAUGUUAGUGGAUACACCAGGAAAAGCAACAUGGUCUGUGAGGCAAAGAGGUCAUAGCAAGUGGAAUGCGAUCAAAACUUACAUUUCCGCUCAGCCUAAAAAACCAUCAGAGGGAAGCAGUAAACAUUCCCACCCCAGUACAUUAUAAAAAGUUUGCGAACUGACUUGAAGCGACUGAGAGAAUUGAGAUAUCUAACUGGCACAUUUUAAUAUGCACAAAAGCGAUGGGGGAGGGUGCCAAAGGAAAGAAAAAGAGAUACAGUGGUACCUCGGUUUUUGAAUGUAAUCUGUUCAAGAAGACCGUUCGAGUUUUGAAACGUUCGAAAACUCAAGACGGAAAACUCAGUACAGAAGCCGCAUGGCAUGUUUGACUUCUGAGGUGUGUUUGAAAACCGAAGCAUUUACUUCUGGGUUUUCGGCGUUCGAAAACCGAAAUGUUCAAAAAUGGAGACAUUCAAAAACCGAAGUACCACUGUAACACCUAAGGCGUAUCUGUAUGCCUUUUAACCAUGUAACAUUUAACCAUGGUUUAGCAGCGUAUGGAUGAGCCGGAGUGAGAACAAUGAAAAUGCUGGGCUUUCUACCUGUCACAUGGCCAAGAGAAGGGGUUUGGCAGGCAAAAAAUCACUUUUGAAAGGAUUCCAGCUUAGCCUUAUGUUCAAACCUAGGGAUCCUGGUUUAAAAUGAACAAGGGUUAGUUUAAUAACCCAGCAUCAUAACUCAUGGUUUGAAGUCAUGUUGUUUAGCAACUAACCAUUACUAAUGCUCAACCGAGAUCCUUAAAAAAGUGAAACUCAAUCCUUGCUGAAUUUCUCCCUGCCACAUGGGGUAGUUUGUGAGCCUGACUCUUCACCCAGGCUUGGCUACGUAGCACUGAGCCAUGGUUUAGCAUUACACAAGACAGCGGGCAGAGAAUAGAACAGGAGAAGCAGAUUUAUUGUGAAAGGAGAAUAGCAGUCGAAAAAUGUGGGAUCACUGGACUUACUUGCAAGAAAAGGCCUAAAUCCCCCCCCCCCCUUUUAAAAAUGAAGCACACAAGAACAUCUCCACUAGGCCAGAAAGUAUUGAGUUGCUAUCUUAAAUGUAGAUAUUCUUCUUACCCAUGACCGCUAAGUCUAAUUCAUGCAUUAUCAGGGACUGUUAUACAUUUGGCUUCAAUUUAUAACCUCUAAACUCAAACAGGUUGGGAAUACCUCUUCUAGGGGGUAGUAUAUUGGCUACAGUAAGAAGCAGGAAGUUCCUCUGUGUGGGUUUUCCGUCAUUGGAUGACCACACAGUAUUGUCUUUCUUGCCCUCAUUCAUUUAUGGCAGUGCCCAUGCAGAGAGGAGGAGAAAGCAAGGCUCUAGACGUUCAAAGCUAUGUCUAUCUCUUUUCCUUCUGUUGCUUUCAGAUAUCAGAGUUGGUCCUUUAUUGUCAUGCAGAACCAAAAGGAUGUGUGUGAGAGCUCUAACUGUGGUGCAGUGUGUUCCUGUCCCCAUCCCUGUGUGUACUGCCCCAACCCCUCCUUCCCCUGGCCUUUUGCUCACUGAAAAUGAAGCUCAGCAGGGAGAGACUAAGCUGAACACAGUUAGAAUCUCUCCCACAAUUUGGAAUCCCAAUUGCACAGGGUUCCUGCAUCUGCUAUUCUCAGAAUAGUUCCAAACAGCCAUUUGCAAUAUGGCACUUAUGAUUGCACGAAGUUCUGGUUGGUUGUAUAUCUGAUGCCAAGAUAAGUGUCGCCAUGUCCUCUCCUCCCCCUGGAUUUUUGAGCACAAGAACAUAAGACCGUUCUGCUGGCUCAGGCCAAUGUCCCAUCUAGUCCAGCGUCCUCUUCUCAUAGUGGCCAACCAGAUGCUUGUAGGAUGCCUGCUUGCUGCCCACCUGCGACUCCUAGCAACUGCCAUUCAGAGGCAUGAUGCGUUUGCAGUGGUGUGGCCAAAUUGCCUCCUGGCAGGAGCUCAGCGGAAAAGCUUGUGCUUUGCAUGCAGAAGAACCUAGAUUCAACCUCUAGCAUCUCUAUGCACGUCUGGGAGAGAUACUUUUUUGAAACCCUAGGAAGCUGCUGCCAGUUAACAUAGACAAUAUGGAGCUCUGUUGCACUGAGUAAUGGUCUGAACUUGUAUAAGGUGGCAUCAUGGGAGUCCUUCAUUGUGUCACUUGAGCUGGGAUGGGGAAUCUCUUUCAGUCUGAAGGCCACAUGACUUUCGGGAGCUGCAAGCCCAGUGGUGGGCGGGGCAAUGCGUGCAAUGUUUACCUUUGUACAACAGGUGACAUUCUAGCCAAGCGAAAUCCAGAAGUUUCUACCCGCCAUCCUCAAAAAAUCUCUGCAUCCAGGCAGGGGAGAGGCCGUAUCACAGUUCAAUGAUAAAAUCUGGCCAGGCAAAAGAGUAAAACGAGUGCCAUCUGGGCCUGGUUGUGCUCCUGUUGAAGAAAUGGCACUGUGCAUUUGUAGUCACCCUUUCAAGAAAGAGCCCCAGUUGCAAGGUAUUUUGGAACACCUUUUUGAAAUGUGGUUCUUUGCCUUUGAUGAAUUACCAUCAGAGCUGUAGUUCUACAUGAGCUGUUAAAAAAAUAAAGGAAAAAUAAACAGAGUGGCAGGUUACUGGUAGCAGCAUUUGAUAGCAGUUGUCAUCUGGUAGCAACAUAUGGCAGCAAGAUGGGAAUAGCGUGUGGUUUCGGAGUUCAGGGAAAUAAGCACAAGUUUAUGCACUGUACCUUUCUGGUAUUCUACACGCACACUCCUUCCCAUAAUAAAUGAUAAUCUGACCGUGAAGACCUUCCAAAUAAACAUGUUUUAAUGUCUUUCCAUCAUUCCUUCUCCCAAAGCUGUUACUCAUCUAAGAGUCGAAGUGGGCUGUAUAUCUGAAAGGCUCUCCAGGAACAAAUGCAAACUCGCACCUUUUUAACGUGCAUAAGCACUAAAUCUUCCAAGAGCUACAAAUAGGCAACUAUGAUUAGAAAGAAAAGCAAGGAUAACAUCCGUCAGCCUCUUUUGACUGAGAGAAAUGGAGUCAGCUGGCAACAGAAGUACGAGCCUUGCCAGGCAUCUUAGAAGCAAUAUGAUUUCAGAACGAGGCAUGUGUGCCAAGGAGAAAUGUGUUGUUUGGCUUUAUGUGGGGUAAACAGAUGAUAAUCAUAAUGAUAGUUGCAUGACGUGGUCUAUAAUACCAAGGAAGUUGCUUGGGAAGUAAACUGAUGCAGUGGAAAUUGUAGUCCACCUUGGGCCAUUUGGUUGGGUUUGGGGAUCUUUCAUCCAGGUCAUAACCUUGCAUAUUGAAUCCUACCAAGUGAUCAUCCAUUCCAGCCAAGUCCAUAGCAUCAGAUUUGUUACGGGUACAAACAAACCAAACAGCUUGGUUGCCAUUGGCCUACCAGAGCUUCCUGGGCUGCCUCAAAGCAGGACUUCUGGACAUAUUGUGAAUCAGUCCCAGUGACAUACAGGGAUUUAACCCUAAAACCUGGGUGCAGUGUCAGGGAUAAGUCCUCUAAGGUAUAUUGUGAUAAAGGAACUCUGUGUGAGAGAGUACUUCUUCGUUACCAUUGAUUUAAUGACUUCCAGUGAUCGCUAAUGAGGGAUGGGUUAGGGAGAAUUUCUAAGUCAGGAACUGGUCCUUUGUGGUAGGCAUUUACCCCAACACAGCUCAUUUGGUAGACCGUGAGACUCUUAAUCUCAGGGUUGUGGGUUUGAACCCCACACUGGGCAAAGGAUUCUUGCACUGGAGGGAGUUGGACUAGAAGACCCUGGGGGUCCCUUCCAACUCUAUGAUUCCAUUGGAAUUUCCAUCUGAAAAAAGUCAUGCUGGUGUAUAUCAUCAUCAUCAAACCUUUAUUGGCAUCACAUACAAACAUUCAGAAUAAAUAGGCCAGUGUGAUCUCAUCGCCAUUUCAACAGUACAGUACAGUCAUUUGCCAAAGGGAAGAAGACGCGAGCAAUCUAUUUCAUCUCUGUGGGUCUCCAGCAAGGGCAGGAUCCUGUAGCGUACUUUGGUGACAAAAAAUCAAAUAGAGGAACUUACCUACUGUCUUGGUGAGCUCCUGGUCUCUCCCCUGUAAUAAGAAGCGUAUAACCUCUGUCUCUGGUUUCCAUGUUGGAAUACAUAGAUGUCUAAAAAUUGUUGGCUUUCAUGGUUACUCUUUUGGCAGAGUGCAGGAUUUUUAAAGUCUAAAUAUGAUGUCCCAUGUAUCUGUAUUGAUGUGGGGAUGCUUAGUAUAAAUGGGAAAGGCCCCUAUACUGUCCUGUUCUAGUGGAAGGCUGACUAGCACACUGGUGUUUAACUAAUCUACUUAAUGACUGCAGAGAACAGCAUUUGCUCAAAACACUUUCAAAGCAGCCAUUUCUAUAGCUGCUAAUUAACUGACAUCAUUCCUGUUUUGGAAUGGAAGCAAAUAAUUUGUGCAUGUGCGUACAUCAGCCAAGCGUAAAACCGGGUAGUCUCCAAAACAGCAACAAAUACAUUGUAACUCUGAAAUGAUCUGGGAUUCGCAUUGAUACAAGGCACUGCCUGCCAAACGUGUCAUUCUGCCAUUUAUACACAGGCCAAACAGGUCAUUCGUUAUACAUGGACACAAACCAGUAACAUGAAAAACACUGCUGGGGAGCGUUUCGAUCUUCCAGGAGAUUCUGUCACUGUUGUGCGCCAGCAAUAAAAAAUAAUAAAAAGUUUCAAAGGACAUGUUGACCUGAAGCCGCUGAAUUGGAAUUCAUUAGCAAUUUUGACACCGUGAAAUUGGGUCUCAAAUGCUGGAAAUGGCUAGCUCAAUACAAACUCGGUUUUCUCCCAUUGAAAACAAUGCCAGCUUUUACACUUAAGCAAUUUGACACACUUCAUUUGAACGUGCACUGCAACCAUGGUUGACUUUGCACUAACAGAAAUGGUUCUUGUUACCGAUUCCUCCCAGAACAGUUUUCCAGGGUGAUGCAGUGGGUGGGGUCAGUGAACACCUUGUUCCCCCUCUUGUGUGUGAACAGAAGGUUUUAUUUCUGUUUGUAACUGGAUACAACACUGUAUAGCCAUGAGUGAUAUUGUAACUAACCAGUAACACUGGGUUGUAGCCAUUGCUCAUCCUACUCAUCGUAGACCCCUUGAAGUUGAUGGACUUAAAUGAGUCACGACCAUUCAUUUAAAUGGCUCUACUAUUGAGUAGGGACUAGCAUUGGAUGGCCUACAACCCUGUUUUGCUGGCAGAUCCAAAUCGUUAAAUAGACUUGGGGAGGAAUUCCUUGUCAUGCUAUUCUGAUCCUUCCAUCAGUGCAGAUGGAAUGAUUCUCCCUCUCCUUGUGCUGUUCUUGGGCUUCUCCUGAUGGUGAGGGGCAUGCAGGGAGCAAGGGGGAAACCCUGUUGAGCAAGCAGAAGUCCUUACAAAGGGCUUCUACUGAUGGGACCCAUUAGUUGACUCCUGCCCUUGCUUUUACUUGAAUUUGCAUGGCUUAUAAAUUUGUUCUCUGUAUUGUCAUGAAAGGUACUGGUAAUGCCUGAGAUAUAGUUCAUUUGGAAAAUUCACGGCGAAAUUUACAAGCAAGUUCCACCCCCCCUUAAACAGGUAAAUCCAAUGUCUAUUUAUAGUGUACAUUGGUUUCUUUGGUGACUUUUGGAAAGAAACUAAAAGCACCAGGAUUUUACUGCUGUUAAAAUAUUUGCAAUUUUGUGUGUGUGUGUCUGACUUGGCUUGGGUUUAUUCAUCGUUUAGUUAGCCAUCACCUACAUUUGUUUUUCAGUUUCAUAGAACUUUUCGAAUUUGGUUCUUUGGUUGACAUACUAAACUUCCCCUAAAGUUUGCUUGGAGUGCGGUCCUACACCUAUAGACAUCGGUGGCAAACUUCAUGUUGGUUUUAAUGGCGCAGAAUAGUAACUUUGGACAGUCCAACCUGCUUUUCUUGAAAAUGACUGACUUUCAUUUCCUUCUGUAGCCAGGGAAUGGUUUGGAAAUUCUGUUCUUUGGAGCCCUUAGAGAACUCUCCAAAGCCAGCAUUUCUGCAGCGUGCCAAAGAGAACAGGAGUUCUUCCUGGCAGAGAGAGCGCGGGGAGCGGAGGUUUGAUGAACAGAAUUUAUCUGUGCAACAGAAACCUCUUGCAUCAUUCUAUCUCUUUCUCCAUCAGGAUGCUACGCUUUCCCUGAUGACUUUAACGUUUUCUGUUCACAAAUUACUAGACAAUCGAGGUCCCGUUUUGAAAAAGACAAAGGGAAAGCUACUUGGUUCUCCUUCGCCGCCACCCCCCCCUUUAUAAACAGUAAUUGAGUAAAAAUGUUAAGUUAGCCUGUGCCAAAGGGGCAGGCAUCCAGCUUAAGAGUGAAUUUCUCCAUCCUGAGUGUGAUUUUGAGGACUCGUUAAGGGAAAAUAUGCUAUGCCAAGUCGCUGUGAAGUACCAUCAGUAUCACCUUGCAUGAACUGGCUCUUCUCAAAUGGCUGUGCUCAAAAUGUCUCGCUGAUAAUAGGGAUAGUGGUAUAGUUUGCGCAUCUCUCUUUUAUUGCUUUACAUUAACUCUUUAAAAUGCCAUGCUAAUCAAAGUCGCUCAAAAUAAACAGCAACCAAGUAUAAGUACAUUUCAAGGCAGGCAAAAGCCCCUGAAUUCAGAAUCACUUUUUCCUAUCGUGCUGCCAGUUGUCAUAACUGCACUGCAAGUAAGUUCAGUUUGUGUUUCAUGCUUGUGUUUCAAAGACCCUGGUGCUGAAAUGGCUAAAAUCGCAGCUUCUUUUUAUUAUGUGAAUAAAAGAACAUGGGAGUAAUUGCCCCUGAGGGGGGUCUUCUGGGGAAGCCACAUUUCAGUGGGGGCAAGAGCAGCAGGGCAUGCCCCUGGCUUGCUUUCAUGGCCGUAGGGAAAAAUUUGAACAUGCAAAUGUAGCCCCUGGUCUGGAUAUGAGCAGGCAAGACUAUAGCAGUUGUGGGUUUCAGGAAACCACAUGGCAGUAUUAAUUGCUGAGGAGGUUUGGAGUGGGGAAAUCUCUCCCAGGAUCUUUUGAGGUCUGGCUAAAUUUUCUACAGUGCUCUGGAAGAUACUGUGUUCAGGGCGUUCUUGAAGAAUUAAAUGGCAGCUGUGGGACCACCACUGUUUACUGCCAGGUGAGCUUAUUGGGGAUCAUAGUGGGUGGCACCAUGAUAGCAGGAGAACUAGAGAGCACAGUGCCAUACUUAACAUAGCCCAUCAGCCAUGGUGGCAAACCAGAAGCUCGAUAAAGCUCUUGGCUUUGUCGCCUGCAGAAAUGGCAAAGGUUUUGCCAAGCGCCUGGCAGGCUACAUGGCAUGGCUAGUGAUUUGCUCUUUGGCUUUGCAAGUCGUGCAUGCCUCUGGUAGACUAAAGUAGAUUUUGCAUUUAGCAUCUGCUUUCACACAAGUAGCUGUAGCAGUGUCCAUAAUCUCCUCUGCGUGGGUUUUUCCAAACAUUGUGAAUUAAGAGUGCUUCGUCAGAUGCUGGUGAGCUACUGUCGGAGUCCUUUGAGAUGUCCUCGUGUGCAAAGAUUGCCAAGCUAAAUGUGAUAACCUAAGCCUGACACACACAUGUUAUUGCGUGCCCAGCUGCAGAGUCCCCCCUCCCGGCGCACCUAACUGCUAAAGUGGGGAAAUGAAUGGACACAACAACAGUCUGGGAUUUUAAAUGGCCACAACUUGAUUGACUUUAGAUAUAGGAAGCCUUGGCAUAGGCACUGGCCGUAUAUCCCUCUCAGCCCCUCCACACUGGGGUAGUGGGAACUGAGGCAUGACAGGGACUAUUCAGGAAUGGAUCCAUCACAAACCCCAGGUUUAUGCAGAUGGCGACUCUGUGGCCCACUGGCCCCAUGCAACUGGUUCUUUGGACAGAGGCUUCCCAACAAACCCAUUUAAUGGGGUACCCUGUUAUCGCCAUUGCAGAGACUGGGGGGGGGGGGUUGAGUCACCACUUCACCACACCCCGAUUGGAUGAAAGACUAUAGGAUUCUGCCCAAGGCCUAAACCGCCAAGUUGUGACUAGUGAUAUGGGGAAGGUGAAACCUGCAGCACAGGGACAAUUCCUUCCCGGCCCCAAAUCAGACCAAAGCAAAGCCCUCCUAGCUGAAAAGAAAAAGGUUAAAGCAGCAAGGAAGAAGAGUUUGGAUUUGAUAACCCGCUUUAUCACUACCCGAAGGAGUCUCAAAGCAGCUAACAUUCUCCUUUCCCUUCCUCCCCCACAACAAACACUCUGUGAGGUGAGUGGGGCUGAGAGACUUCAGAGAAGUGUGACUGGCCCAAGGUCACCCAGCAGCUGCAUGUGGAGGAGCGGAGACGCGAACCCGGUUCCCCAGAUUACGAGUCCACUGCUCUUAACCACUACACCACGCUGGAAUUAAAGUAGGGGGGGUGACGCUCCUGGCCGACUGUAUAAAGAGCACAGUGUCAGCCAAGAUAUAUAGUAGGAGUUGAGUGAAGCCUGCCUGACUCAGGUCCGCUCGCCAGGCAACACACCCCAAGGCUGCCAUGGAUUGGCCCAAUUUGAAAUGGGGGUUGGUGAGAACCUGUGAGCCUCAGAGGGGGACGCGCACAGACAAAAUGGUGCGGUGUGUCCGGGCCGACGGAGGAGGUGCUGCGUCAGGCCGCAACCGCACUCACCUGUAAGGGAAGUAAGCAGCCAUUAGCAGAUAAUUUAGCUUUCCUUAAACCAACUCCCUUCUAUCAGGAAAGUCAGACUUCACUUUCACUUCCAAUUAGGCUUAAGGCUGUAAACCUUAUCUGAGAAUAAGGCCCAUUGAUCUGAAUUUGUUGAACUUCUGUGCAGACGUGUAUAGGAUUGCAGUGCAAAACUACAGUAGCAUCCAUGCUCUUAAAUAUAUUUACAUGGAAAUAUGCUCCACUGAAAUUGGUGGGACUAUAAGAAAAUUGGCUUCCAGGUGGAAAAAUCAAAAUUAGAAACAUAACUGUUAGAACCCAAAACUAAGAUUUUGUCAAAGAUGUAUAACCUGCUGUUGAAAUGGAAUACUCAGGAUGAAACGGUGAAAUCCGCUAUGAUUAAAUGGGCACAAGACGUUGGACAUAACAUAAUGAUGGCUGACUGGGAACAGUUAUGGACCACAGGUAUGAAGUUUACGGCAUGUAAUGCCUUAAGAGAGAAUAUUAUGAAAAUGAUAUACAGGUGGUACAUGACCCCAGUCAAGCUUGCAAAAAUUUAUCAUUUGCCCGAUAACAAAUGUUGGAAAUGUAAAGAAACUGAAGGUACAUUCUUUCACCUUUGGUGGACGUGCCCAAGGAUUAAGGCUUUCUGGGAGAUGAUAUAUAAUGAAUUGAAAAAGGUAUUUAAAUAUACCUUCUUGAAGAAACCAGAGGCCUUUCUCCUGGGCAUAGUCGGUCAAUUGGUGCCAAAGAAGGACAGAACUUUUUAUGUAUGCCACAACAGCAGCAAGAAUACUCAUUGCAAAGUAUUGGAAGACACAAGAUCUACCCACUCUGGAAGAAUGGCAGAUGAAGGUGAUGGACUAUAUGGAAUUGGCGGAAAUGACUGGCAGAAUCCGAGACCAGGGAGAAGAGUCGGUGGAAGAAGAUUGGAAGAAAUUUAAGGACUAUCUACAGAAAUAUUGUAAAAUUAAUGAAUGUUAGAAUGAUGUUGGAUAGAAAUUAAGUGGUUUUCAGCUGUAAUACUAUAAGGGAAUAUGAAAAAUGGAUUAUUAAUAGGUAAAAAUUUAACGUCACAAUAUUUUAAGAUUAAAGAUUAGGAUAAACAAAGAAGGUAAGGAUUUGCUGAACCAACAAACUGAACUGGAAUACAAAAAAGGGAGGCGUGAGGAGGUCCGGGAAAUAAGCUAAUGAAAAAUAAGUAAUGGAAAGAUUGAGUUGUUUUUAGCCAUUUUUAUUUUUGUACUUUUUUCUUCUUUUGUUUUUGUUUUGUAACAUUUUGAAAAUCUUAAUAAAUAUCUUUUUUAAAAAAAUGAAAUUGGUGGGACUAUAAUGGAUGUCAGAGCAAACCUGGGGGUUAAAAUUCAGCAGCCUAAGUCCUUUCACAGACAGGCACCUGCUGAUGGAGGCCAGUGCAUUGAGGAUUGGGGUGCCAGUGUGUCCUUACCUCACCACAGACCAUAUUUAUUGUUCCCAUUUUACAGAUGAGGCUGAGGCAUGGUAACUUGACCCACUGAGUCCACAGGUGAGCUGGGAUUCAGCCAGUACCAAAUAGCAUACUUUCCAGAUGUGGUUUCUAGAAUUUUCUCCCUCUGCCUUGCUCUUUCUAGUCCCCUGUAUACUGGGGAGAGGGAGGAAGAGGAGUGAAGCUCAUGCUAGCAGCACUUAGGCUGAAUUUAUUCCAUUAGCUGUGAUGCAGUGAACAGAAUACUAAUGCAUGGGACUCACAGCCUUACAAGCACAUUGAGCUGUCUGUGUUCUCUUGCACAACGCCACUGCCGCUUGAAGACCUGGAGCUGUUUCCCUGGAUUGCGGUGAGGGAUGUCACCAGGACGAAGUCAGAUUAAAUCCAGUCACUUUGAUUUAAUAACUGGGAUAGAACCAUAGGAACCUUCCUUAUACCAAGUCAACCAUUGGUCCACCUAGCUCAGUAUUCUCUACUCUGACAAUGCUUUUCCAGAGUUUCGGACAUGGGUCUUCCUCAGUUCCCACUGGAGAUCCCAGGGGAAACAAAGCACUGCACCCCACAAUUCAGAGCUGUGGGGGGAGAAGAGGAUAGGCUUGCCUUUGCAUCCAUAGCAGGUGAUCUGAACUCAAAACACCCUUUGGAGGCAACAUCUAAUCCUGUACUGCUUUGAGUGUUUUGUCUUGUGACUACUAUGCUUUUUAAAAAUACCUUUUUCUUCUUUCUGCUUCAUUUUUAUACAGUGGACCCUCUGUAUACGAACUUAAUUCGUUCCGGGGGUCCGUUCGCAUGCCGAAAAUUACGUAAAUAGAGGUGCACUUCACACUUCUGCGCAUGCGUGCGGUGCAAUUGAGCACCUCUGCAAAGGCGUGCAGAGGACUUCUGUGCAUGUGCGCACGACGAAACCUGGAAGUAUACACUUCCAGGUUUGCCGUGGCCAUAACCCGAAGAUUCUGUAUCCAGAGGGAUAUGCAAGUAGAGGUACAACUGUAAUUGUAAGCUGCCUCAAAGAACUUUGGAUGAGGCAAGGUGAAUAAAUGAAUGAAAUGUGCAAAUGUUGUGCCCCUGCUUAGCAUUGUUAUUUGUUAUGUUGCCCCCUCAGUCUCUGUAUUUAGAACUUCUUUCAUUUCCCCUCUGGAUCUGUUAGCAUCCUGUGGAUCUACAGUGGUACCUUGGUUUGCAAGCUUUUUGGAUUACAACUGUUUUGGAUUACAACCACGUCAAACCCAGAAGUGUGUGUCCCUUUUUUUGGAUGACAACCCAUUUUUUUUUUGGAGGCCCCAUUAGUGAAAUCGCACCUUGGGUUACAACCUGUUUUGGUUUACAACCGGACCUUCAGAAUGGAUUAUGGUUGUAAACCAAGGUACCACUGUACUCUUGUGUAGUGCCCUGCAUUGAUUAGCUAUUCCUGUGGAGAAUAUCUAGAUCAGUUCAGUUCUCCUCAGAAGAACAGCCUCCCAGUGGCCUUGCUCUCGGCCACUUGAGCUGCAGCUUGGAAGACCAGGCCUUGCAUUCUCUUUUCUCCUCAUCCAAACUAUCUCUUUUGUGUCACCGAAACUCAACCACCCAUUAACCAACCAAGUAUUUGAUCAGCUAGUUGUUUGUUGCUCGAGUUGUGUUAUCAACAAAGUUGAAGAUGAAUCUGCAUGAGAGUCUGAAUCCCAUGUAUGUUUAGCUAACAGGAUAAAGUGGUUCACACCCCAAUGUGUGUUGAUACCAGAACCUUAUGUGUGAUGGAGAAACUUUUUAAAAAUACGUUGUGUUACCCCAGCUGUAGGAUGGACCAUAGAUCUACGUUGAAUUAAAUCCCUAUCACCUUCAGUUAGCUCACAGAACUAUUUUAGCUGGGCUCCAAGACAUGUUUAAAUUUAGAAACCUUAUCAAAAUGGAGGUGGUCAGGUUAUCUCAGACGAAUGUCUCAUGACACUAUGUACCUGGGAAAUAAAUUAAAAACAAAAGUACUCUUGAUUAUUAAAGGUUGUUGUAUGAUGUCUUUGUGUGGGUUCAGGGAGUACCUUUAUAAAUUUUCUGUGUAAGAGAGUUUUAACUCCACUAUCUGUGGGGUGUCCUCUAAGCUGGGGAUCACUGUACUACUGCCAAGUAGAAGAGAAAAUUGGGAAAGAGAACAUAAGGAAAUCUAUUUGCAGUUGUUUAUCCAACGUUGGGUGUUUUUAUUAGCACACUAGAUCAGAAGCAGCAGUCAGUUACUUCAGAAUGCUUUUAGUCAAACAGUGUGGGAAGAGAAACCCUACCUCUCCAUUUCUUAUGCGCUUGGCCUGUGAUUUAUUAUUUUUUAAAUGGAAAUGUUCUGACAUUCUGUCCCCAUUAAGAACGAAGAAAACCUUUGGCACACCAGAACUUUCUUUAGGAUGGAAAUUCCAUUUUUGAAGCAGAUCUCAAGGGUGUGCGGGGCUAUCCAAGGGAUGAAUCUACCCUGAUAGAAGCAUAAAUGGUGCUGUUUUGAUAGUUGCAUACUGAAUGAAUUCAGCAGCUGUUUAAGUUUCCAGCUGCUGACCCAGUAGUCUCGCAGAAUAUCAUGCCUGACCUUGAGCUAACCAAGAUCCCUGGAGCCUUUGCCUGAAAUAUUAACUUUUCAUCCACUUGAGGGAAAGGGGGGCUGGGCUAGGGGAGGCAUUCACUUUCUGUGAACGUAUCCCUUCAGCCUUAUUUGGGGCCUGCACUACUUUGCCUUCACCCGUUCACUUCAAGGGAAGGUUUUUGUUUUCUUUUUCUGUCUCCACUGCUGUGGUCGCCAUCUUUCUUUACAAAGGACACAUAGUUCUUCUUGUCAAAUCAACAGUGUUCUGUACGUAAUUCUUUUAGCGUCGAGGAACAUGCCGAAAGGAGGUAUUUGGGUAGCUUUGACAAAAUGUGCAUUGAAUUGAUAGGUUUGAAUGGGCAAAGUGCAACUCGAGGUGGCAAUUGAGAUUUAUAGAUAAAUAAUGAAAAGAAGCCAUUUAGGGUUUGUUUUUAGUUGGUUUUUUUUGUUUUGUUUUUUACCCAGUGGGCUCCAGUGGUUUUUAGUGGGUAGGCUUGUUUGAAUGUGCGUAUUCAGCAAAUUGUCAUGGAAGGAUAGAAUUUCUGUGGAAAUAUAUAUACAAGUCAAGUUGCAGAAAUAAAAAAGUAAAACUAGUUUAUUUCCCUCUUUAUUCAGUGUUUCCAUUUGAACCUAUUAGUAAACCAUAGUUUGGUGUUAGAUGCAUGAACCUACUGUCCCACUUCUGGAAUGGCCAUGAGGAAGAGAUAUGAAGCAUUUGCUCCUUUCUUCAACUAAAUACGGUUUGUCAUCAUGUCAAAAUCUGGAAACGUGGCUAGUUUUAACUAUGGUUUAUCCUGACAAGCCAGUUUGGAAUUGAUUUAUUACAUUAGCUGUAAUAUAGCAUAGUAUACAGGCAGUGACCAGUUUAGGCGCAUCCAAUAUGUGCCUGACUGCGCACGUGCGCAUCACACCAAAUCCGGAAGUGACCAGAAAACGUCACAAAAAGGGGCGGUGCAGGGUGGAAUGAGGGUUUUCAGGCGUUUUCAGUGGUGUUUCAAAUAUACAUGAUUUCAUUUAAACGUGAGGUGCCUUGGAACGUAACCCCACACACAUUGGGAGUUGCCUGUAGUAUAGUAUCAAAAUAAAGAAAAAACAUCUGGAUUUACAACCAGAAACAGUAUUCAUGACUCCAAGAGCAUUGGCUAUUCUUCUACAGUUCCCCACAACAUAUUGUUGUGAACAGGGAAUUUCAACUCUGACAAAUAUGAACUAUCAGAGAAAAGUGUGGUCCAGAGAAUAACGUUUGAGAACCACUGCCUUAAACUAAUGACACACUAUGGUAGUUGGAAAUGGGAUGGCAGCCGGCAUCCCGCCCACCAGCCAGAGCUGGCUCACUGAGGUGGUGGUCUACUUUUAUCUAGUUUUGCUCAACCCUUCCUUGAUAGGGUCCAGGAUCACUGAGGUUUUCCAACGCCUCAAAACUCCUCCCUGCAAAGGGUUUCAGAAUCACCAGUAUAAUGGUAUUUAAUGUCUCCCUAGCAGAGAGAUGGAGAAACUGCAACCCUCUGCCAAACUACAACUCAUAUCAUCCCUGAUCAUUGGCCAUGUUGGCAGGGACUGAUUGCAGCUGGAGUUUGACAACAUAGGGAUGCUUCCUUUCCCUACCCUAGCAGUCAGGUUCUUAGCCUAAGACAUUUUACAGGUAACUCACCUGCUGCACUCUGGAGUGCUUCCUGAGCUUUCUCCUGCCCAGGUUUCCUUUACCUCUGCAUCUGAAUAACUUCUCAGCUUUGAAAGAAGACCGUGACUUUGCCCUGUUUAUUGGGAGCAGGAGUUUGACUUAAUUUCAAGGAUUCCUGAAUAAAGCCCAGUGUCAACUGCCCUGAGGUCCACAGCACAAAACAUUAGGAGCUUGCAUCUGCAUUCAGUUUGCCACCUUAUCUUUUGCUUGUUUGCUUUCCUCUUCUGUUUGCUUUAGCCCCCUUGAGUCAAACACUGCGGUCUCCCUUCUCUUCACUUUCCAGCUCAGUGGGAGCUUUGCUACGGACACCGGUGUGCAAGCCAGGACUUCCUUCUAUAUUUCUUCAGGCACACAAGGUUUCUCUGACCCACUGAGUGCCAGUGGUGGAGAUUAAUUCUCUCCAGAUGUAGCUGAAUUAGACAACAUUUUUUCCAGGUCUGGGACAUAAAAUACACAGGCCUCUAUUUGAUACCAGAAAAGGGACUUCUGAAACAUACGUUGUUGUAAAUAUUCAUGAUGCAUAAGAUGAAUUUCAUGACAGCAUCAUGUGAAUUUUCAGAGCACUGCAGUCAGGGGCUCCUUGCUCAUAUGUUGGGAUAGCUCAUCAGUUCUCCAACCUCUAGCACAAUUCCAUGCUUCCCAGCCUAGCUGACUGAACGAUGCCCUUUAUAUUUCAGUGUAUACCUCCUCACUUCAGACAGUGUAAGCUUUUCUCCAGAGCUGUUUAGUAACCUGAACAGUAGAGGUGGGGUUUUAUUUCUCCUGUCAAAGGCUGCACUCCCUUGGGGGACUCUGAUUGGGGCUACUUGCUGGGAGUAUAAUGUACUGGUUGCAUUGCCCUUUCAUACACCAGGGCUAGUUUCUGGGCAGCUCACAAAAUAAAAAACAGUUUAAAGACAACUAUAAAAAUAUGCAGCGCAGUAGGCAGAUUGCAGCAUUAAAACAGCUCCAAGCUAAAAUACAGAGCAAGAUGAAAGAUGAAAGAGCAGGGAAUAAAACAGCUAAGAGAAAGUUGCAGCUAGCUUUUGAAAGCCUAGGAAGAGAAGAGUUUCACUAGGUCCUGAAAAGACAAUAGCAGUAUGAUCCUAGACAUGUCUACUCAGUCGUGUCACUUAGAAUUAUUUCCAGGCAAGGAGCCACAAGGCUUUGCUGCACUCCUGGGUAGUGAUAUAGAAUUGCAGUACAAAGAGGGUGCCAGGUGAGCUUUCCUGGGAAGUAUAUUCCACAACCAGGGUUCCACCACUGGAAAAUCCCCUUUAACUUGUAAAAGAGGUACCCAAAGAAGAACUUUGAAUAUAGAUUUUAGGUUCCAGGUAGGUACAUGUGGAAAGACGUCUGGUCUUCCGUGUCAAGGUUUUUCUUGUUACAGGUAGGUAGCCGUGUUGGUCUGCCAUAGUUGAAACAAAACAAAAUAAAUAAAUAGAAUUAAAUAAAAAAAUUCCUUCCAGUAGCACCUUAGAGACCACCUAAGUUAGUUAUUGGUAUGAGCUUUCUUUUGCAUGCACACUUCUUCAGAUACCUUCUUCCAUUUUAUGCAGCUCAAUGUGGGGCCUUCCAUAGUGCUAGUUACAGGUAGGUAGCUGUGUUGGUCUGCCAUAGUCGAAACAAAACAAAACAAAAUAAAUAAAAGAAAAGAAAUUAAAAAAUCCUUCUAGAGACCAACUAAGUUAGUUAUUGGUAUGAGCUUUUGUGUGCAAUGCACACUUCUUCUUCCUAAACAUGUAUUCUUCUAGGCAACAGCAAAAGUAGUUUGUGCACAAACUGGUAUUCCUGUGUAAAGACACUAGGAAGUAACUUUUGCAUCACUGACAGAAACUGCUUUUAUGGCCACAGGUUCAAUGUCUUUAUCUGAAUUCUCUUCAGCCAGUUGAAUACAGUCUGGCACCAGGCAACCAUGUCUGUGCAGUUAGAUGCCAAGAAGAGACUCUGCCUGGAUGCUUUAAAUUCCAAACCUGUUUUCUUGCAAGUGUAAUAUUUACCAGGUUUCACUUCAGCUGGGAAUGCAGAAAGACCGUUUGGGGGCGGGGAGGGGGAGGAGGAGAGCAGGGAGAGAACAAAAGAGUGGCUCUGAUAUAGAUGGAGUUGGUGCUUUUGUCAAAUUGGUGCUGUGAUGUUUUCUGGGGUUACAAUGUUCACCCCUCAUUUACAGCCUCCAGUUGUUGAUUCCUUUUGUAAAGGAGGAGUGGAAAGGGGAGAAUUCACUUAGGGACUGUGAUCCUACUUCAGCAAAAGAAUGUGAGAAGCAGUUUUAUCAAAAAGAAGGAAAGACGUGGUGAUUUGGCUUUCUGUGGCAGCACCACUGUUUCCCAUAUUUGGAGAGUGCCAUCCAUUGCAAUCUGUGGUUCCUGUUUUCUGCUGUGUGGGCUGGUAGGGAUUCGGGGCCAAUUUGCAUGUCACAAGCUUAGUAUAAUCCCAUCUGAGUGGAUUGGGUUGGGGAGAUGUGUAUGAAUUUACCUUCCAUGUUUUCUCACAUUUUUUCAUGUCCGAUAGUGGUUACGUGCCUAGUUUAUGCUUUGUUUUCCUUCUUCCUUUUAUAAUAAUAAUAAUAACAAUAAUAAUAAUAAUAUUUUAUUAUUUAUACCCCGCUCAUCUGGCUGGGCUUCCCCAGCCACUCUGGGCAGCUUCCAACAAAAUAUUAAAAUACAGUAAUGCAUCAAACAUUAAAAGCUUCCCUAAACAGGGCUGCCUUCAGAUGUCUUCUAAAAGUCUGGUAGUUGUUCUCUUUGACAUCUGGUGGGAGGGUGUUCCACAGGGUGGGUGCCACAACCGAGAAGGCCCUCUGCCUGGUUCCCUGUAGCUUGGCUUUUUGCAGUAAUGGAACUGCCAGAAGGCCCUCAGCACUGGACCUCAGUGUCUGGGUAGAAUGAUGGGGGUGGAGACGCUCCUUCUGAUAUACUGGACCGGGGCUGUUUAGGGCUUUAAAGGUCAGCACCAACACUUUGAAUUGUGCUUGGAAAUGUAUUGGGAGCUCAGAAAUGUAUAUGAAAGGGUUCCUUCACUGUCUCCUAUUAGCCAGUCAGGAAUCCUGUAGCGAACAUAGAAUCAUAGAAUUGUAGAGUUGGAAGGGACUACAAGGGUGAUCUGGUUCAACUCCCUGCAAGUUGAUGGGGUUACACCUCACAUCAUAUGUCCCUUUCAUGCAUUUGUCACACAUAGGACCAUCACACAUAAAAAUGGGGAGCAAGGCCACCCCACUGACCCAAAACCCAGCGUUGCAGUGCCCCACCAUCAACAUCCAGUGGGAUGUAUAUUUAGAUCCACACCCCCACUCACUUUCUGUCUUUGAGAGGAUGACCCAUAGCCAUCUCACUAGGCAGUUAUGAAAGGGCAAGGAGUUGUUCACUUUUUAGCUUAGUAUUACAGUCAUACCUUGGAUCCGAACGCCUUGGUACUCGGACGUUUUGGCUCCUGAGUGCCACAAACCCGGAAGUGAGUGUUCUGGUUUGCAAAUGUUCUUUGGAACCCAAACAUCUGACGGGACUUCCAUGGUUUCCAAUUGGCUGCAGGAGCUUCCUGUAGCCAAUCAGAAGCCGCGUUUUGGUUUCCGAAUGUUUUGGAAGUCAAAUGGACUUCCGGAACAGAUUCCAUUCGACUUCCAAGGUACAACUGUAUUGCUUUUUUUUGUGCCAGGGAUGGGAGAGAAACUUGUGGAAUUAACUUGGCUAACCAUAGAUACUAUGUACCUUGAUGUGGGAAUGCAGAACUUUGCUGGUGCUCCUCAGAUAGCAAACUGUUGUGGGCCAGACCUUUGGGGAGCCUUAGCCUGGUUGCCUUGGUAGAAGAGUGGCAAGGGGAUGUGAACUUGUCCCCUUGGUAGCAGUUUUGCAUCUUUCACAAAAGGUCUGUUACAAACGGCCCAAUAAAUUGCAUUAUUAUUAUUAUUAUUAUUAUUAUUAUUAAAAUUUGUAUACCGCCCUAUACCCGCAGGUCUCAGGGUGGUUCACAGGAUAAAAUCAGAAUAUAAAACCACAAAAUAUAUAAUCAAAAUGAAAACAAAAGCAACCCAAUAACAUCCCAGUUCCAUCGACAGGUUCAGCACUUAAAGAUGCAGUACGAUUAUCCAGGUAUUCAGAGCAAUUGCCAAACUCUAUGUGUGUCUUGGAUAGCCUUAACUGCUGUCAAACAUAAGCAACAUUGGAUUGGUCCUUGUAACUAGGGUUGCCACCUCUACUCUGGGAGUGGGGGAAGUGGCGGAAAUCCAGAUCAUAUUCAUUUAUAUAUCUUCAUUUAUUGAAAGGUUUGCCUGUUCCAGAGUAAGGAAUUUGAAACAGUGCCCUGCUGACGGUGGAAUAAAUUUAUUGGAUCAAACAAUUAAAAUCAAAAUCCCUAUUAUGCUGGUUUAAAACUCUGUAGGAAAUAACCUUGUAUGCGAAAGCAUACAUUUGCACAUAGCGCAUCUAGCCACAAUACUUUCCAAGGAUGGAAAUGGGGAAGGUAGUUCUUUGAUCAUUGCUGGAACAUUUGCGUUCAAAAAUAGGAUCAGCAAAUGAAUAAUGAGCCCAAGUCAUUUUCCGUUCAUUUGCUUAGUAAUUAGAAUUACAACAACUGGAAAUGGCUGCCAUAAGCUGAUUUUGUUUGUGACAGUCAGAUGUCACGAAUGCUGCAUUGCGUUUGACCAUCUUUGCAGUUCUAAAAGAAGAAAUACGGCCGUUUCCCAGGCUUUAGAACUGAAAGGAAUUGGAGCAAGUUGCCAGUUAUCUCCAGACAAGACAAACAUAUUAGCUUUUUCAAGACUGCAGUCUGUGGAAGGCGCUGCAAAAAAAUAAAAUAAAAAAAGUUUUAUUGAAAAUAACUUGUAAAUCAAAGAACAAGGGAUGUUUUUAUUGUAAGGAAUUAAUUAAGGAGGGAAGUGACUCAGUGCUCAGAGGGAGGAACAUUUAGUUAUAUAUUUAUUUAUUUAUUUUCCUGCCAUUAUAGACCAUCCUUUUUUCCAAGCUGGCACACAUGUGGUUUCCAGGUGGCUGCCCAUCCAGACACUGACCAGAUCCAGAUCUGCUUAGCUUCAACAAGGUGGUGGCCUCAUGUGCUUUCAGACCAUAUCCUGGGAAUAAGGCUUUUCCAAGGGAAAAUGGGUUCAUAACUCAGUCGAACCACUGGUCAAGUGGAAUAAUUGCCACUGAAAUUGACUAUACCACUCUAAUGACUACCCUACCCCAGAAGUCAAGAACUUCUUUGAAAUAGAGCCAGUGCAGGAGAACUUCUCAACAGAGAUUCAUGCUCCUGCUUUAAUAGCAGUGCAGACAACUGUGGAAAGCUGCCAUUACACAGUGGCAAACCUGAAUCCACGUGUUUCUUUUACCUGCUACAUUUUUAGAUUUACACCUGAAAACCUAACCUGUGCCAAAAGUCAGAGUCGAGUUCAAAUAUCUUUAAGAAGGAGAUAGAAGCCCAGUAGGUACUAUUGAUAUUUGCAUAUUGGUUGGCAACCGCCUGUCUCAGGAGACAAUGAAAGAGCUCACAUUUUGGGAAUGAAGUUAAACCGUUGGAGAGUUAUAGCUCCCACUGUGGCUGUAGAGAUAUGGGAGAGACAUGUUUUAUUGUGGAGCAGAUGAAGAUGUCCAGUUUUGCUGAUGCAGGUAUACCAUGGCAUUUUAAACCCGGAAACAUGCUGUUUCGGAAAAGGUAGAAAAACAGGCCCAACUCUGCUUCAAAACUAAAAGUGUAUUGUUAAGUUCUUUGAUUUGCUUUCAAGGAUGGAAGUCAUCUUUUACAUGGACUCAGGCAGCCCAACAAGCAGUGAAGUUAGUCUAUAUAGUAUUGUUGACCAGUAAAUAUUUUAAAUUAAUUAAUACAUUUAUAUCCUGCCAUUCAAUGCAUGUGUUUCCAGCAUGACUAACAAAGUCACAUCAUCAUCAUCAUCAUUAUUUACAAACAAAAAACAAUAAAAGCUUUUGGUUAAAAACCAAAACAACUGUCAGGAGCAGGUCAGCAAUGACUCACAUGGUGCCAGUGAAGUUAACUCUUUAUUCAAAGAAGCAAGACAGCUCAGGAGGCCAGGCCCAGUGAGCACAGCAACUCUUCCUGGUAGAUCUUGCCCCAAUGUGGGGCUGAAGUUCCUUGUCUCCCCACAAUUUCCUAAUUCUCCUUCUUCCUCCAGUUACUUCCCAAGCAAUCUGAUACUUCGCCACCUUGUCUUCAGCAGCCUUCCUCAGCUCUGCCUUUUGGCACUCCUCCUCUCCAGCCUCCUGAAAAUGCAGGCGUCUCCUUGCAUUGAACAACCCAGAAGAUAGGAACCCAAUCUGAGAAGACCCAUUCCUAGUCAUUGCCAGCCUUACCUCAGACAGUUGGGGAGGGAGAUUCAGGAAAGGCUUCUGCAGAUGAUGUGAAGUGCAUCAGCAGGUGGAUGUAGACAUUGGUUUGUAUUACUGAUCCCCACCCCAUCCCCAAGUCGGUUCAAAGGCAGCCCCACAUACAACACAUUUGCAGUAAUGUCACCUGGAGGUUACCUGACCAGACUAUUUUCUGCCUCACAUUCCAAACAAAGCAGCACCCAGGCUACAGCUGGAAAGCAAAUUCUUUGUCCAGGUACCUACCACACACCCAGGCUUCCUUUUCCUUUAGUAAAUGUAUCUAAUAUACGCCACUACAGAAGAAAUGAGAAAUGCACGUGUUAAAGUUAAAAAUCUUGUGUUCAUAGGGUUUACAGUUAAACCAAGCUCUGGAGUAAGAAUUAUUUACAGAAACUACUAUGAUAGGAGGGUGGCGAUGUGGGUUAAACCACAGAGCCUAGGGCUUGCUGAUCAGAAGGUCAGCAGUUCGAAUCCCCGCAAUGGGGUGAGCUCCCGUUGUUCAGUCCCAGCUCCUGUCAACCUAGCAGUUUGAAAGCACGUCAAAGUGCAAGUAGAUAAAUAGGUACUGCUCCAGUGGGAAGGUAAACGGCGUUUCCGUGCACUGCUCUGGUUUGCCAGAAGCGGCUUAGUCAUGCUGGCCACAUGACCUGGAAGCUGUCUGUGGACAAACGCCGGCUCCCUCAGCCUAUAGAGCAAGAUGAGUGCCACAACUCCAGAGUCGUCCACAACUGGACCUAACGGUCAGGGGUACCUUUACCUUUUUACUAUGAUAGAGCUAACAGUUUCCAUUGUUCUUUGUUUAUGCAUUCAGGUGGACAGUUAGGUUUGACUGAUUUGGUUUGGUCCACUUUCAGCUCUGAUGAGGGCCCACAGUAUGAAGGGAUCCACAGCUCUCCUGCUUAUCUGUUUGCUUCCUAUCAACAGCACAUCAUUCAUUCUAUCUCUAGGCCCCCUGUGACUUAGUCUCCCAUUUUUCUUUGGGUCCUCCUUUACCAUCUUUUGAUCUCCCCCUCUUCCAUCCCUUCAUCUCUCAUGUCCCUGCUUCUGUUGCCUUGGGUGUGGGUACUACAAAAAUAACAACCAUGGUCAAGCCCAGUAGUUAUGCCUGCUUGAUGAUGUUGGUAAGGAAGCCCUGAAGGACUGUGUAGCGCAGUGCAUGCAAAUCGCCACAGGUUCACAUCUAGGCCUGUGAAAUAAUCUGAAACCAUAGAGAGAUCUGUAGCUAGUCGUUGUAAAGACCUAGACGGACCACUGGCCUGAGUCCUUUAUUAAGGAAGCUUCCUAUGCAUGCCCCUUCGUGCCGUUGCUAGAAGGAUAUGGAUACUGAAGGAUUUGGAUACUGUGACUGGAUUACGGGAAAGGGAUCAAGAAAUAAUGACCAUGGAAGAAGGAUAAGAAACCGUGAAUUAGAGUAGACAGGUUAAAUGGCAUGCUGGCAGAGUGUCUUUCUCUGCUCUGCGGAGUAGUAUUGCAGUACACUAUUGAAGGAUGUUGGCAGGAUAGUAUUACAUACAGUUUUGCAUUAUGGACAAAUAGAGGGAUGCAGUCCAACAGUUGUUGUUUUUUUAAAUCACUAAAGCUAUAUUCAACCCCCACUCCUAUCAGCCACAGGCCUUGGUUUUAAAAAGUUAUAAAAAUAAUUUAUUCAGGUUAUUAGCUUUCAGGAGAACCCUCAAACUGAAGUUCAUUUGGCUAUAUAGCUAAAGGCUUGAGUUUUCUGUAAAUGUAAAUUAUUACAUUAGUAAUAAUAGUUACUAUCACCAUCAUGCUGUUCAUCAUGAUUUUAUUCAUCUAUCCAUCCCACACACAUUUAUUUCCAGUUAUCCAGAUGUCCCUGGAGGUUAAUCAAGAAACAGUUAAAAUGUUUCUAGGGUUUUAUUGUUUAAAAACAUUUUACAAAAGCAAGAACAUUGUGAGGGUUGAAAGGAGCAGAUUUGGGGUGGACUCCCCUGCACUAAGGUGGAGACACAUAAACACAACAGUAUAAUGAGCCCAGCUGAAUUGUGAAAUAGCUUGAGAAUGUCGUUUUACUGCCAUUUCCUUGAUUUCAACACUACCAAGUUUGUCAUGGAUGACGGCUUUGUGGUUCUUGUGACACUGCUGGAGAAAAUUGGAUUUGGAGAAAGUUUAUUUAGCUCUCUAAAUAAUUCAAAAUGUUUUCAAUUUGUCUUUCCCCCAGCACAGCAUGCUUCAACUGUGCCUUACAUUUCAUACAAUGUAAGAAGAGUAACUAUCUGUCCUCUUCUUAUUACCUCCGGGUUUGGUUUGCUUUCCCAGGAGUGAUGUGGGAGAGAGUGGUGUUCAAAGCAUUUUCUUGGAUGUGGAACCACACUUGUAGCUACAAGUCCUUUGACACAGGCAGCUAUAAUAAUGAAGCUGUGAGUGUUUGUUCAAAGAGGGAGCCCACUGUCCUAGCAAUACAUAAGAAAAACUCAGCUCUGUGAAGUAAGUCAGGUUGCCUGAUCUUGGGUCAUGGCCUGGCAGGACCACAGGCAACCAACAUUGUUGAGGGCAGGUCAGAGGGCAGGUUUUAGAGUGGACAGACAAGGAUCCUAAGGGCUAAAGACAGAUGUGGUCUAAAAUGAGCUGGUGGUCAAAUUCUGGAAGCAACCUUGAAGAAGUAUCUAUAUAGUGAUUCCGGCCACUCUUGAAUCCCAAUGUCACAUGGUCUAGCUGGGCUGAUGAGUCACUUUUUGGCCAUUAUAUAGGUGACACUGUUCCUCAGCAAAGAUCAGGCUAUUAACUCCCCAAGCCUCAGUGCUGUCCUGGUGGCAUAGUGAGUAAGGUGCCUGGACCCUACUCUCAUGCCUUAUUUGUAAGACUUGGGUCACAUCCACACAAUAACUGAAGGAGCAUCUCCACCCCCAUCGUUCAGCUCAGACACUGAGAUCCAGCGCCAAGGGCCUUCUGGCGGUUCCCUCAUUGUGAGAAGUGAGGCUACAGGGAACCAGAUAGAGGGCCUUCUCGGUAGUGGCGCCUGCCCUGUGGAACGCCCUCCCAUCAGAUGUCAAAGAGAUAAACAAUUACCUGACAUUCAGAAGACAUCUAAAGGCAGCCCUGUUCAGGGAAGUUUUUAAUAUGUAAUGCUGUACUGGUUUUAACACUUGAUUGGGAGCCGCCCAGAGUGGCUGGGGAAACUCAGCCAGAUGGGCGGGGUAUAAAUAAUAAAUUAUUAUUAUUAUUAUUAUUAUUAUUAUUAUUAUUAUAGCUCCAAAGAAUCUUGGGAACUGUGGUUUAUCCCUCACAGCAAUUCCCAGCACCGCUGGCAAAUCACAUUUCUCAGAAUUCUGUGGGGGAAGCAGUGUGUUUUAAAUGCAUGGUGUGCCUGUUACCUAACCUUAUGGAACCAGGUUAUUCCAGUUUCAGCAUCAUAGAGAAUUAUCUGUGGUGGAAUUCAUCUGUGGUGGAAUCAUGAUUCAGUCCAGAUAACUUUGUGCUUGCAUGAUACCUGUCAGUGUCAGGCAAUUAACUGACUGAAAAUAAAUUUAUGCAGGCUGUAACCCUAUACCUGGGAGUAAGCCUCAUUGAACUUAAUGUGACUUACUUCUGGGAGGUGUAUCGGAAUAAAGAACUCCUGUGAGCCCAGAGUAGCCAUCCACAAAUACAGUUCUCCAGGGUUCACAGCUUUGCACUUGGGCUACAUAGGAACUUGCACUGUGCCAGGCCAGACUUAUUUUUUUCCAUCUCCCCAAUAUUUGCCAUUUUUACUGGUAGCAACGCUGCAGACUCUGGCAGAGAUCUUUUGCAUCAGCUGUCAGGGGCCGGAGUCAGGGGCAAGACAGCAAUAAAACACCCAGUGUCGGUAAAGUUAAUUCUUUAUUCAAAGAAUCCAAAACAGCUCAGGCCUAGUGAUCACAGUAGGUCUUGCCCCAAGAAGGCAGUUGCAAGGACUGAAGGUCCCCGCCUUCCAACCACUCUCUAAGACUCCUCCCUUGGGUCCUUCUCCAGCAACUUGAGGCAACUUCGUCUUGCCUCUCUUUGCUCUUCUCUCUUUGUUCCUCUCUGUGUUCUGGGAGACCACAGGUGAGGGAAGCUGGUUUCAGAGGAGGAGGAACCUCCCUGGCUUCUUCAGCAGGCUUCCCUGCGUCCACUCUGCCUCUUGACCCCCAUCUGCUGCUGCCUCUGAUUCUGGACUGCUCUCUGCAGCACUCUUCCUGCUCACUAAACCCUGUUACCUCUUCACCUCCUUCCAGCCAGCUCCCUCUUCUCUCUCUGACCACUCAUCACCAUCCCACCACCAGUCCCCUUCCCUUGGGGGUUCUCCAGCUGGUGCCACCCCACUCCUCUUUGUCCAGCCAGUCCCUGACACCACGCAAGCCUUUUAACUAGAGAUGCUGCAAAUUGGACCUGGGACCAUCUGCAUUGAAAGCAUAUGUUCUACCACUGAGCCAUGAUUCGUUGAUUGGAAUGAGGGCAAGCCCAGAGCACUGUAGGGCCCAGCUUCCUUUGAGAGUAGGUGUUUUUUUACUCCUGCGUAUUCUAAAAGAAAAAUGUCCAGGUGAAAGAAUAAAGUGGGCUUCUGGUUUUAAUUCAUUAUUUUAUUUUUUAAAAAAACAAGUUCCUCACUCAUCUCCUCCUCUAACGUUUGAAGUCGGGGCUGAGGCAUGUGUUCACUUUUGUAGCCGAGAGGAGUGGUGCAAUUUCUGGAGACUUGAGGAAGUUCCCUCCCAACCUGCUGGAUGGCCCCCAGAAUCCUCAAAUAUUAUGACCUACAUACUGAACUGAGAAUGUUUGUGUAGAUUUCGGCUAGUUCUAAAAGCAAAUCCCAAUGCUGUGUUCCCUUUCUCUGCUUCAUGGCUCCCUAUAUCUAGAACAUAUAAGCAAAUGGACAGGAAGGAGCCAGCAAAAAGUAAAUGGAUGAUUUUAUAUAAGCUAGCAAAGAGGGUAGGCACAUUACUAGCUCUGUAAGUGGCCUAGUUCACAGAUAAUGCUGAACUAUAAUUUAGUGCUAUGUGCAUGAGCUGGAAAAGGCCUAAGCCUUCUCUCUUUCCACGCUGGCCGGAGAAGGAGUUUGUUUGCUGUUAGCUUCACUUUCCAUGAAUCUUAGCUUGUUGUGAUGCACACAUUAGAGACGAUGGUUUAAAACAAGCAAGCGUACGUCAACCUACCGUUCAAGAAACUGUCUUGUUAAACUCCCUACAAUUUAAGUUGCAAUCUUUUGUGCGUACGUAAUGACAAGCCAAAAUUCAUGGAAAGUGACACUAAAUGUGAACACAGGCCUUCUCUUGGGCACAUGGCAGGAGGAGAGGGAGGGGCACACAAAUUUGGGGCUUCGUUGAGACUUAAUUCCUGCUUGUUUUACCAUCUGAACCAGGGAUUAUGUUUAAUAGGCUCUCAAUAAACCACAGUCUCGUUCUGAUCUAACUGAUCGUGGUUUGUUGGAGCAAAACCAACCACUAUCUUUGGUUUGGGUACAACACUAAGCCAAGGAUCGUGGUUGUUCCAUCUAUACAAGAGCACGGUGGAGUAAAAAGGACCUGAAAGGUGCAGUUGUGGUGAAGCCCUAAAGUGUGGUUUCUCAUAAUGUGCAAAUGAAGCCAGAAUUGGUCAGCAUAGAUAACACAGGGACAGAUGGAUAAAUUGUAGUGUGACCUGUUACAGGACAGCUUUCUUUGUUCCAGUUUCUCAGCGGAGAAAGAGAACCCUUGAAAAUGUCAUUUUAGAUGCCAUGCCAUCAAGCCACUAAGAAAAGGCUUUUAUUUUAGAACUUUUCUCCUCCUUGCAAAUAUGGCAGUGGGUGAAUCUAAUAAUAAUAAUACUUAACAUAUGUUUAACACUUUGGAGUGCAUUAUGUAGUUGUAAUCCUUAACAACCCUGUCAAGUUUAGGAUUACAACUAGCUAAUGCACACGAACCACUUUGAACACCCAAAAGCACUGUGGAGAUGUCAAAUAUUAUUAGAUUUACAGUGUAAAGUAAGCCAGUAUUAUUAUUUCCCCACAUUGCAGAGGGGGAGAGUGGAACUGCAUUUGGUUUAAAAGCCAAUAUAUAAAGCAUAUUGCAGUCCUUUGUGCAAAGAAGCAAACUAGGCAGGGAUUCUUCCAUUAACUGUGGUUUGCCAUUUCAUAUGAAUCAGUAAACCAUGGCUAACUGUUUGGAACAAAUCUGAAUAUUAUCUCAUAGUUUGAAGUUGGGUAGUAGCCUUCCUGGCUUGUUCUGAAGCUGUAAACCACAGCAAUAGUUCAAACAAACUGGGAAACUUUAGAUAAUGGAAGAAAAAAUUCCUAGUUGGCUGGCUUGAGCAAAGAGUCCAGGUCAGAAGGAUCAAUCAUAUCUCAGUUUCUGAGCCAAUAUAUGAUCAUCCAUACUCACCCUGAUGUUGAGAGAGAGAGAGAGAAUAAGUUGCCAAAGGCCACCUAGUGAGGUCAUGGCAGAGUAAAAGUUUGAAAUGGGCAUUUAUGGGUUCAUAACUCAGUUUCUCAGCCAUUACACUACACUAGCUCAAUGGCCAGCUCAACCAACUUUGCACAACCAAGCUAGAAGAUCUACCUUUUGCCAGUAAAAGGAGGGUCAGCUUGCAUCCUCCUCCUCCUCCUGUUUCCUAGGAGCAGAUAGGAGACAGGGUUGUGACUCACACACAUUAAUCCAAGAUGGAAAAGGAGCAGCGCUUCAUGGAAGAAGAUGAAAGACUUGUGGAUAUAUAUUUUUAUUUGAUUUAGAAAAAAAAAAGAUUCCAGCAUAAGCAGAAUAGCAAAGUGCAUACCUGAGAAUUUUCCAAACACAACACACAUUGACUUGCAUAUUUGAUUUCGGCAGCGAUACAUGAGAGCCUGGGAUAUUGCAGGCCAAGGAUGCGAGUCUGAUGGUGAUUUGGAAGGAGCUUUGCCUUUCUCAGAUGUUCUGGCAAAACGUGAAGGACUUUUUGUUGCUCGUCUGAAAUAGCAGAGGAGAACAUGGACAGCCUAGACAGUGCUAGAAAUGCCUCUGCCAGCCUCAGUUGCCAAGAACUUGACUUAGGUGCAAGAGAAGCUGCCUUAUACUUUGCUUUAUACCCUUUGGGUCAUCUUGCUUAGUAUCUUUCCACACUGACUGGCUGUGGCUCUCCAGAUUUUUAGACAAUAAGAGAUGACGUCUAUUGAACCUUGGACCUACUGCUCCAUCACAGAGCUGUAGCCCUUUCCAGAGAGCCUAACUCUCAGGUUAAAGGUAAAGGAACCCCUGACCAUUAGGUCCAGUCAUGACCGACUCUGGGGUUGCGGCGCUCAUCUCGCUUUAUUGGCCAAGGGAGCCAGCGUACAGUUUCCGGGUCAUGUGGCCAGCAUGACUAAGCUGCUUCUGGCAAACCAGAGCAGUGCAUGGAAACGCCGUUUACCUUCCCGCUGGAGCGGUACCUAUUUAUCUACUUGCAAUUUGACGUGCUUUCGAACUGCUAGGUUGGCAGGAGCUGGGACCAAGCAACGGGAGCUCACCCUGUCGUGGGGAUUCGAACCGCCGACCUUCUGAUCGGCAAGUCCUAGGCUCUGUGGUUUAACCCACAGCACCACCUGCGUCCCAACUCUUGGGUUAUUAACAUCCUAAUGUCCCUUAUUUAUCAACUGCUGUUCAUUAGGAGAGGUGUAGAGUCAAUCAUUGUGGAGAGUCUUCCCACUUCGUAUGUGAUGGACCAGCUUCUACUUGUCACUGCUGAUAAGUCCAGUGUGUGUGUGUGUGUGUGUGGGCGGACGGGCUGUUAUUUUAUGCCAACUACCACCACGUUAGUUGAAUUUCAAAACCUUCUAACUGCUGCUGCCAUGUAUCUAAACCAUGGUGUUUGUCAAAGCCUUAAUCUAUAACCCAGUAGACGUGGUACAAAAUCAGCCCAACUCAAGUUAUAAGUAAAAAAAAAAAAAAGAAGUUGCUCUUUCAUUAUUAUUAACCAUAAAGAGAGGGGGAAAUGUAAAUACUAUACAUACCGUAUAUUGGUUACAGUUUCUUUUAAGACUUGCACUUGUAAGGUUACUGUUAUAAUUAGCAACAGCUUGCAAAUACAAAAGCUUGCAUGAGGCUUGCUGUUAAAAUCUUAGUUUAUUUUCCUAUUAAAUCCUGUGUGCUAAUUACAUACCCUCCAAAAUUUAUCUGAUGAAAAUAGGGACAUCCCAUUAUAUAAUGAUAAUUUUACUAUUUGUACCCCACACAUCUUACUGGGUUGCCCCAGCCACUCUGGGCACCUUCCAACAUAUAUAAAAACAUAAUAAAACAUUAAACAUUAAAAAAAAAACCUUCCCUAAACAGGAUUGCCUUCAGAUGGCUCAGGAGUAGGAUAAUUCCAUACCCUCCAACAUUUCUCCAAUGAAAACUGGGACAUCCUAAGGAAAAGUGGAACAUUCCGGGAUCAAAUCAGAAACCGGGACGGCUUCUCUAAAUUUGGGACAUUCCUUGGAGGGUCUGUAAUUACCCGUAGCCCAUUUUCUCAGGACAGUCAGUCUUGCCAGGAGUCAGUCUCACAGAGGCCUUCUGCUGGUUUUCUAUUAGCCAAGCUUGCAGGCAAUUCUCUCUCUGGUCCUUGCUGAACUUUUCCUUGCUGCUCACAGUCCUUUGAUGACCUCUCUGCCAAUCUUCAGCUUAAGAUAGUGAUUCAGCUCUUUUGUGGGGAGGGCAGGCUAUUUUACCAGACUGUUCCUAGCCUCUUAAUUAGUCGCUUUCCUAUCUUCCACCUGCUUCAACUCCAGCCUUCUCUCCUAGCUGCUUCUUGUGGUCCAUAGUGUCAGACAGUCUCACACUCCCUCUGAACAGAGUAAAAACUAUCCAGCCCGCCUACCAUUCAACCAAUCAGAUUUGAGUGGCAUAGAAUUCUAGGUCACUUUGAUCCAGGCAACAGGCCCUCAGGAUUCUUAUUAUUACCAAACUGUUUUGGAGACAGUGACAGAAUAUGUGGAAUGGGGGUAGUGAAUGUGGUACCCUCUGGCUUUUGUUGGAUUUCAACUCCCCUCCUCCCCAAUCAGCACAGCCGAUGAUGAGAGUUGUAGUCCAACAACAUUUGGAGGACACACCAUGUUGGCAGAUGUAAGAAGGAAAAAUCCAUGUUUGGUUGUCAAGAAAUUUACAAGCCUUUACACAGCGGCCACCAAUGGACCCUUCUGGUUUUGCGAAGGGGGUGAGAAGGGGCAGGUGUGGGAAAUAACAUAAUUAUUAAGCCCUCCAAUGAAUGCUUUCCCUGUCCUGCUCAGCAUGGAAAGUGUAAUGUAGUAGGGGAGAUUCACAACCUGGGAAAGGCUCCACAUUCACCACUGACCACGCCAAGCCAACUCUCCAAUCUGUCACUGCGCCACCAGUAGUGAUUGCUUAGUCCCAGAUGCAUUCCCUGUUCACUGGGCAGGGAUAUAGAACUUCAUUAAUCAUUCUGUAAUCCCUAAGAUGUAAUAUUAUCCAUCACUCACAUGGCAAAUAUAAUAGUCUAGCACAGUGGUGAAGAAAGAUGAGACUUAGAAGAUGGAUAACUUGGGGAAAGAAACAUAGUUUUUCUGGAGGAGACUGCAGACAACUUCCCGCUCGCAGUUCAAAAAUGAGAAAAUCCACAGACCUGGCAUUCUAGAAAUGUUUGGAUACAUAAUAUUGAUUAAGAGUUCUACUCAUAACCAUCCAGAACUCAGGGUUUUUCUUUGUUUUUCAAUAGCUGUAAAUGUUUUGCUUUAUAACGAAUCUGUCCUCUUAAACGUACGUUUCUGGCCCUAGUAGAAAUCAACUUUAUAUUGCUAAAGCAAAGAGUGUUUGUUUAGUUGCUCCCCACCCACCACCAGAAACUGAAAUCUUCACUGGAAAAUACAGCUCAGACUUAUAAAGGGAAGAUAAAGCGUCUUUUUGCUGUUUAGAAAUGACAGACUUCAGACUAAUAGACUGUGAAUUUUUGAGCUACUAUUGCAAAGGUGGCCACCUUGUUUGUUAUUGUUUUGUUGUGGUCUGCCAACAGAUCACAAAUAAUAUCAGUCAAGGCCCAAUCAGCUCUUGCUUUCAAAAAAGCCCCCCCCCCCCAAUGAGUCCGGGAAUCUCUAUUCAAGGGACAAUGCAAAAGGUAAUGCACUGCAUCUUCCAUCUCCCCAGUAGCAGAAACACAUGUCUGCUGCUAAGGCACUCAGGUAAUUUUUAAAAUAGCAUCAGUUGUACCAGUUACUUGUUUAUGUUCAAUGCCAAUUGUCUACUUAAUUGUAGCAUUACUUGAACAGUAAUGCCCUACAUUGUGUAACCUGGUUUAACCUCCUUGUUCUACAAAGCCCCAAAUGUUGUAACCUUUCCUUCUAGGGGAGUUGCUCCAGCCCCUUGAUCAUUUUCCUUUUGAAUCUUGACAGUAUCGUUUCUCAGUUGAGGCAAGCAGAACCAUGCACAGUAUUCUAAGUGCAGCCACACCAUAGCUUUCUGCAAUCUCCUCUUCCUCUUUUAGCUCGCCUUUGGCUCCCUUGUUAUCCAAAGGUCUAAUGGCCUCCUUUGCUGGCCUCCUUUCACACACACACACACACACACACACACACGUAUGUAUGUAUGUUAACAAUGUGUUCCUUACUUCUUCUUUUGCAUCCCUUAUUGCCUGCUUGCAUUUCUUCAGCCAAAGUUUGCAUUCCUUUUUGUUUUCCCCAUUUGGACAAGACUUGGACAUUUUCUGAAGGAAAGCUUCUUGCCUUUAAUAGCUUCCGGCAGGUAUCUUCUCAGUCCCAGUGGUUCAUUUCCUGAUCUGCAGUGUACAUUGCAGCUGAGCUUCUAUUAUUGUUGUUUUGAACAACACCCAGGCUUUCUGGAGAGAUUUGGCCAUCUUCAUUUUCCCUUUCACCUUCCUUUUUACCGAUCUCCUCAUUUUGAGAGAGUUCAUUCUUCUGGAGUGACUGUGUUGGGCUUCCUUGACAAUUGCCAAGUUGAUUUAUUCUCAGUUGAAAAUCUAGCUCUGAAAUUAUCUACUAAAUUGUCCUUCGUCAAUAUGGCACCUUCCAGAUGUCACUGAAUUGCAACUCCCAUCCUUAACCAUUGACCAUUUUGGCUGGGGCUGAAGGGAGCUGUAGUUCAAAAUGUCUGGAGAGCACCAAAUUGGGGAAGACUGUACCAAAUGUCCUUCUUGCAUUAAUCCACCAAUGACACAAUCUUAUACAUGUCAAUACAGAAGCAAGUCGCACUGGGUUGAACAGGGUUUGGUCUUAAGUAGCUUAAAUAGACACUAUGUUUGAUCAGGUUUACUGCCCAGUAAAUGGGCUUUAGGAUUGCAAUCUAAGUUGACUUAGUGCAACUUGCCGUAUAACUCAGGCAUAAAGCCAAUGGGCCAAGACAGAUUUCAGCAAACAAUAAAAGCUCCAGAUUUAUCUCCCUUCCAUUCUACUACUGUGUUUCCCCCCUCUUACUCGCUUUGAGACCACUGCUGUUACCUUCUGUGGUGGAAAUCAAAGAACACAAAACACAGUGCUUGCCGGGAAUGAGCACAGCCCACAUAAAGCUCAGGAGAACUGCAGGAGAGAUGUGAAAACUUGCUGAUCAAUAUAUAACUCUGCAUGCUGUAUUGUGCUAAUGGAGGUCCAAAUAGAAGCUUUUGUCAGACCACCCUGAAUAUCCAGCUACUGGACAGAGAAUUGGAAACAGUCUUCAAACACUUCUGCUGUACAUUAUAAUCUAGUGAGGAAAGCCAGCUACAGAAAAGACAACUGUUGCCAAGUUUAAUGUAAAGUGCAUGUAAUAUGAUCUGUUGUACCUUUGGAAGAUCAAAUCAUUUGCCUGUUUAACUUUCCAAAUGGGAAAAUCCUUACUUCCUGUUUUCUUUCCACACUUUCUCAUAUUUCUUUCUCUCUCUUUCUCUCUCUGUGUGUACAAAAACUAGUCACCUACAUUGUGUGAAUGUAUCAAUGGAUUAUCAGUUCCAUCAGUGGAUUGCAAAUAUUUGGCGACCAGAGCUUAGAAGAUACACAGGGCUAAAAGAGUCAACAUGUAGGUCUGUCUGCAUCUCAGGAUCGAGACAGAACCAUGGUGGUGUCCCUUUCCUGAAAGCCCUCUCCUCUUAGGGCUGGGUCCACACACCUGCUUUCCCUUACGAAAUGAUUUCUAGGUCAAGGAAGAGCAAACGUUUCCCCUGUAGGUUCCUGCAAAUGUCUUUGUUGUUGCACUUGGCAGCCCUGAAUGACUUGUAAGUCUGCCUUGUCAGGUGGCAGCCCGGGGCACAUGCUUGUGUGAGGUCCAUGGGUGAGACGAGCGCCAGCCUGCAGCUUGAUGAGACAGGCAGGGAAUCUUCAGUGUAAGAUCCCUGAAAGCAAUGCCACCAUCUCCCCUGACCCAUCCCGACCAGUCUUAAGGGGAAUAAUUGCUUGGGCAGAAGUUGUCAGUGAGCCAAUCAGUGUACAUUUUGGGGAAGCAAAUACAAUACGAUAAUCUUUAUUGUCAUUGUCCCAUACAUAACAGCGAAAUUGAAAAAAAUCUACAUCAGACAUUCAAAAACCCACAAGUCUGCUGUCCCAUCUAUCCCAGCUUGGUUAGCCCCUAAAAACUCUGAUACUCCAUAAUUGAAUACAAUAUACUCACAUAAAGACUACCUUACACUGAGUUUAAAACCAAGAUCUCAUUUGGAUAGAAACUGUUUCUCAGGCGGCUAGUCCUAGUCUUUAUAACCCUGUACCUUCUUCCAGAAGGCAGAAGCUGAAAGAGAUCAUUUCCGGGGUGCGCACUAUCCUGCACUAUCUCUGCAGCUUUCUUAUGGCACCUGGAAGCAUAGAUUUGAUCCAAGGUGGGAAGAGUGCACCCAGUUAUUCUCUCCACAGUCUUUGCAACCCUGGACAGCAUUGUUUUUUCCCUGACCGUGCAGCUCUACUAAUGAGUAAAUAUUUCCAUGUGACUAGGUGCAAAGGCACCUUAGUAGGAGCAGUGUUUUCUAGUGCUGUGUUUUGUCUGUGCAUGGCCAGGAACACUGUGUGAAAAUUUAUUACUUGCUUAAGAAGCACUUAUUGUUCAGUGAGAGAGAGGUGACUUGGAACAGGGAUGGGGGACCCUAUCGUCCUUUGGUACUGGCUGAGGCCAAAGAGAAUUGGAAAAUAACAACAUAUGGAGGACCACUUGUCUCCCAGCUGUAAUUUAGAACAUGGUGGAGACCACAUCAUCAAUUCCUGGGUGUUUGAUAAUUCUGAAGACGCCUACUCAAAGCAACCACUGGGAAGCCUUUUAAAAAUAAAAAAAAGCUCUUUAGCUAAAAUAACAGCAGCUUGUGAAUAUGGUGAAUGUGCCGUGUAUAGUUAGGGAGCAGCUAUUUUUAACUCAAAACAACAGUCCCUGGAAAUGUGGUUAUUAAAUUUGAAUGAUCUGGUGGGCAGAUGCUUUGCUGCCACUGUAAACAGAUUAGGGAUGCAUCUCUUCAGUUGCCAAUCACAGAUUUCGCCAGAGAGAAAUAAAAACAUCCCGUCCUCUUGGGAAUGUGGUCUCUCUCUCUCUCUCUCUCUCUCUCUCUCUCCCUCCCCCCCCCCCCCAUUGGAAGACAGUUGAAACACUUAGGCUGGCACGUGACAAUAGGUUUUAAGAUACUUGGAGGAGGUUGUCAUUGUUUCUCGGUGCUCACACAGUUGUUUCUUUUGUGACACUGUCAUUUCUGGCCGAAUCGGUUUUGCAGGUUUCGAACAAAGCCAAAUGGAGGAUUGGCAAAUGAAAUCCUUCGCCCUAAAUUAGUUGUUUGCCUUCCAUCACGAAUAUGUGUGCAUGCCCUGAAACCAUUCAGGUAGCUGCAUUCUCCCUGGCAGGUGCCUGCAAGGGAAAAAACAGCCUGCACCCAGUACCAGUCAGUUUCAAAGAAUUACUCAACCCAACCCCAGUAUCUCUUUCCUGGGUAGUCACAGCAAGCCUAUAUACACAUCCAAACUAGAUGUUACCCUCAGACACAUGUAUUAUUGCAUCAGGUAUGGGGAACCUGUGACCCUUCAGAUUCUGCUGGACUACAGAUCCCAUCGUCCCUGACCAUGGACCUUACAGGAUGGGACUGAUGCAAGUUCGAGUCCAGCAACAUCUGGAGGGGCACAGGCUGCCCACCCCUGCAUUGCACCCUUUUUAAACAGGGAAACCCGCUUUAGGUCCUUCCCCGCCCCCCCACUUCAAAGUAGCCCUCCACUACAAGGUUCGCUGAUCCAAAUUUCCUAUUGGAACUCAUUUGAAGCGGUGAACCCGCUGUGGGGGGGAUUUGAAAAUGGCAGGUUGGGGGGGGGGAAUUUAAAAUACUCACCUCCCCGCUGCUUGUCCAAUCUCAAUCGCCCCUUCAGAAGUGGCCCUUCUUAUUCAGAAAUGACCACUGGGAUGGCAUCUAUAUGUGUGAUUUGGUCCUUAAGAUAUAUGUGAAAUUCAGAAUUUUUGUGGGGGUUGGGGUUUUUGGCCCCUUUGUACUUAUUUUCAUAUAUGAUGCAUGCCUGGGGUGCUCCCCCCCCCCCGCCAGAACUUGCUGGAACUCAGUUCCAGCACCUCUCUCAGGUGGGCGUCAUUGCCACUCUUAAGAGAACAAGGGAGGUGUUCCUGGUGAGUUCUGGCACCUCUUUUCCUAGAAAAAUAGCCCUGUGCAUGCCCCUCUAUUAACAUCAGGGUCACAAGGGGUGAACAGUGGUAAUUAGCAGUUUUUGAAGUCCAGCUGAGCUGCACACACUUCUCAUUUCUUGGAGAAGCCUCCUAUGAAAGAGGGGAGAAGGUUUGUGACCCUCGCAUGCCUCACAGCGAGGAGAGGAUCUUGCCGGAAAGACAUGUGGUGACGGCCUAAUAACCUCUUCCUUUGGAUUUGCCUUCCAUGCAAGCAGUAUCAGUUACCGUUGUUUCAUUGUUAUGGCAGGAGGAGAUGUUUCUGGAUGGAAUCCCAUAUGCAGAUCAGGGAGCAGGCUUUAAAAACAGAGGGUGGGAAGUAGCUCUUCCACCUUGUACAGAAGUUCUGCUUUGUUUUUGAAACUGUGUGUGUGUGUGUGUGUGUGUGUGUGUUUUUCCGGCUGAAACUUAAACAACUGAAAGAGCCCUACAAGGCAGAGGUCUAGGGAAGCCAGCCAGAGCAAAGAGAGCUUUGCAAACCACUUUUAAUCACAAUCAAGUGACUCUUAUAAAUAUUUGCAUAUAUGCCGCAUCAAAGCCUCGUACGUUCAUGUGAUUCAGUCAUGAAAGAGAAAGGGGAAAGGAACAGGACCGCUGUGGCUUGUGGCUGCUUGGAUUAAGGAUGGGCAGAGCACCAGGAGAGAGCAGACGUGCGGAGGAAGAGAGGAGCCCGCCAAAGUUUUAACAAACACGAAAAGAAAUAAAAAUAAAUCUCUGGAACAUUUAUUGCCCCCUUUCGUUGGAAGGCUCGGGUUGGGGCUCUCAGCUUUCCCUCUCUCUGUGUGUGGAUGCGAGAUUGCAAAAUAGUAAAAAAAAUCAACCCGGAUGGUCUGACUCCCCCCUCCCCCGCCCAAAUAACAAAGAGAAAGUUGUUUAUGUCUCCCCAAAACAGGAAACAUAUUGAAUUAGUUCCACUCACUUAGGAUAGUCUAUCAAAGAGUAGCUGAUGUGUCUGCUCUCUAGCAGGGAAAGCUGCACUUGCAGUUGAAAUGGACCAGACUCACAUCAGCAGGGAUUCUCAUCAAAUCUGAAAGAUUUCCAAAGGGCAUAAUAACAAUAAUAAUUUGUUUCGCUGUUGUUGUUCAUGUAGAACCCUUGCCGCCCAGCACCAUGGCACUUCGCUGCAGUCCAGUGGGUCUAAGCAGCUUCAAAUUGUCACUAGAGGUGACUGAACCAGGAGACAAAUUGAAGUGGUUGCUCCAUAUGGGUGCCACCAAUGACAAACUAGGAGACAGAGAAAGAACUUGGUGUGCUCUAUCAGAAAGUACGAGACAAAGCCGAUAAACAACUGGAACACCAGCGCAGUGUCGUGCUCCUGCACAGCUCUUGUUCCUUUCACAAGGUCUUUUUUUGCACAGGAAAACUUUCUGGCAGAUUGUGCCCCUUGCAGAUUAGCAUGCAUUGGAGGAGAAGGGCCCACAGUAGGCCACCAGCUGGAUUUCUCCUUCAGGGUGGUGACAGAACAAGUUGCGCAUGCUUAUGAAAUUGCAUUGUUGUCCCCUCACAGUUUCAGACUGUGAAUAUAAGUAGUGUUCACACCAGCAUCAGUUAGCUGCUUUUAAAUAAGUAGCAGUUUGAGCUAUUAUGUUUUGAGAGGGAAACUGUCAGAAUUUAAUUCAUGUGUGCAUGUGGAUGGUGCACCCAACAUCCCUUUAAAACAGUAGCAAGAAAUAAAUAAAUAUUUUUUCUUGUCUGCCAUUGCGUCUGAGAGUGUUGUUCUGCGAAGUUUUUCCAAGUUUUGGUGAACUUCGGUUGUGGUGACUUUGCAGACUUCAUAACUCCCGUUUAGUGUGAUUUGGGAGCUCCCACUUCAAAUACUGAGCCAGAAUCGUAGCUGUCCAGGGCUUUGACUUCUUACUUGAGGUGUUUUUACCCCAAUCAGUAUCACUUGUUGAGAUGGAACCAUGAACAUAACUGAUACAUAUUUCCACAACAGAUAUCCAAUUUCUGAUUUUAAGUUUUAAAUAUUGUUUUUAUGGUACCAUUUUAUGUAUAUUUGUUGUGAACCACUUUGAUGUUUUCUUUAUGAAUUAGUGUAUGUGUAUAUAUAUAUUUAGACCAUGUGGGUAGUGCUGUGGUCUAAACCACAGAGCCUAGGGCUUGCCGAUCUGAAGGUCGACAGUUCGAAUCCCCGCGACGGGGUGAGCUCCUGUUGCUGGGUCCCAGCUCCUGCCCACCUAGCAGUUCAAAAGCACAUCAAAGUGCAAGUAGAUAAAUAGGUGCCUCUCUGGCGGGAAGGUAAACAGUGUUUCCGUGCGCUGCUCUGGUUCGCCUGAAGCAGCUUAGUCAUGCUGGCUACAUGACCCGGAAGCUGUACACCAGCUCCCUCGGCCAGUAAAGCGAGUUGAGCACCACAACCCCAGAGUCAUCCACAACUGGACCUAAUGGUCAGGGGUCCCUUUACCUUUAUAUCUAUCAUCUAUCUAUCGAUCAUCUGUCUACCUACCUACCUACCUACCUAUCUAUCUAUCUAUCGAUCAUCUAUCAGAUGUAGUCAUUUCCUUAGUAAUCUGCUGUUGACGUCCCAGGAUCUUUAGAAGCUCCCAAGCCAGAUGGACAGAUGAACAGGUAGAUAGUGAUUUCCCCCUUAUAUUCGUAGUCCACCUUUCCUGAGAUGGAGCCCAAGGUUGGGUACAUGUGGUUCCCAAGCAGUCAUUCAUCCACACACUGACCAAACCCAUACCUGCUUAGAUUCAGCAAGCUAGCAGCUCCGUAUGCAUUCAGACCAUACCCUGGGACGGACGGAUGGCUGGUGCAAGAGAUACCUGUCCAUGAGCCAAUCACUGUAAGCAGCAGUGUUGAAGGGGGGGGGGGGUUAAAUGGAUAAACUGGUAGGUUUAUCCUCUCCCCUCAUGACUUCCUCUUCCCCUCAUGACUCUCCUCUCCCUUCAUGACUUCUAUACCUGCUCCAGAUCUGCUCUGGAUAGCUUGAGGAACCCACAGAAUAUAUUUAAGAGAGGAGAGAGGAGAGGAAGUUCCGUUGCCCUGUCACUGCGCUAGUGGAGCCACUUCACUGGAUACCGCGCAUGACAUAAAGCAGCUGUAAAAUCAAGAGCUGACUUUUACGCACUUUUGCACCUGAAGCAAAAAAGAGAGAGAAAAUUAACAUGCAGAGGAUGCAUUUCGGUAUUAGCUCCCUCAGUCAGCACCAAAUCACGCGUGUUAGUCAUGCAACACUAAUUCCAUAUGAACUGCACUGCUGCAUUUCCAAGCCUAAAUUAAAGUGGCUGCUUUUAACCUCAUAAUUCACCAGAGUUGCUAGAACUGAUGGAACUCCAAUAACAUCUGGAAGGCCAAACCUUUGACCUUACUUACUCCUGCUUUAUAGCCUUAAAUGAUUUGGGUGUAAGUUAUUUGGUUUAUUGGCCUUUAUUGGCGUAAGUUUAAACAAUAAAAUCAUAUAAAGGCAUCCAAAUACAUUCAUAAUCCAAACACAUACAAUAUAUAAAACACUAGAUAGCCUCCAUUGAAUAAAUCAAGCAACUUUAGAUUUAGAUUUAAAGAUCUCGGCUAAAUACCCCAAAACAAUCUUGGUAGUUUGGGGAGUAUCAUCCCUCAACAAAUAAUUGGAUUACAGACUCUUUGUAAAUCAAUAUUUUAAGCUGUAAGGGAGUCACUAGGAGAUCCCUGUGAAGGGUGUCAAGAAGAGGACAAUCCAAAAUUUUGUGAUCUGGUAUUUUCUUAUUACAGGAGCAGAAUCUGUUCUGGAAGGGGAUUUUUUGGAACCUUCCAAACAAAACAGAUGAGGGGAAUGCAUUUAGAUGAGCUAGCUUAAAAGCUCUGUGAUGCAAUGGAGUAUCUAAAUUAUAAAGGUAAUUAGGCAUUGGUCCAUGGUGGGGCUACAACCCUAAGUAAGCAGAUGAACAUACAAAAGGCUGGGAGGGGUAGAGUUUUUGGAUUUCAUGGUCUAGCAGUCUCUGCUUGAUGACAGAGAAGAUUUGUGACUCAUCCAAUAGAAGAAGGGAAUCUAUUACAAUCCCUAGUUGAGGAUAAUAUAAGAAAACAAUGCAAAAUUAUGUGUAUCUCUCAAUAAAGAAGUUAGUAAUUUUCUGGUUCUGUAUUAAAGUGAUUUUUUAACCAGUAUUUGAAAGUCAUAAUCCAGCCCCUAGAUUCUAAGAGAUGCUGGCCUAACUGCACAAAUAGCAAGAUAGGAGAUGUAUUUUUGAACUCUUAGAUUUUUUGGGGAAAAGGAGGCCUGUACACCCUCAACUUUGUUGUUAAAGUCAGAUAUCCAUAAAGGAGUUGCAAAACAGUUUUUGCACUAUAGCCCCUAACCGCUGCAGGCAUACUACCAUAAAAAAAUAGAAUUGUUUAAUUCAUGCUGCAGAGCAUUUAGCUAAGUCGGUUAUCCUUUUACGAUGGGUCACCCAUUUUAGAUUGUAAUAAAAGGUGAUCCAUUAGUCUUUAAAGCUUUAUCUUGUUUGGUUGCUUGAUCACCAAUACGCCAUUUAGAUGAAUGCCAACUAUUUGAAAUACCAAGAUCUUGGAUUUUGAGUAAUUAAUCACUAGGUGAUUUCCUUGGCAGUAAUGAAGGAACGCUUUUAGACAUCUAAAAGCGCCCAACUCUGGUGCAGGAGAGGAGGACAGUGUCAUCAGCAUAUAAAACUAUGGGAACUGCCUUAGGUCCUAAUCUAGGAGGGUGGCCAUUCACAACAAGUAGAUGUUGUUUCAUUAAAUAGAUGUAGAGCAAGAAUACAGCUUUGUUUGACUUCUUUAGUAGUUGUAAAGCUAGGUGAUAAGUGACCGUCCAGGGAAAUCUUCACCUGACACAUAAUAUUUGUAAGCAGCUUUUUUUAUCAAGAAAAGUAAUCGGGGUUCUAGCCCAAUAGCAUUCAGUUCCUCCCAUAACAACCCCCUGGGUAUCAAGUCAAAAGCACUUUACAGAUCAAUAAAAGCUAGAUAGAACUUUCCACUUUUGGAUUUCAUAUACUUAUCUGCUAAAAAGGCAAGUGAGAGACAGUGAUUAAUAGUUGAUUUCUGUUUUGUAAAUCUGAUCUGUUUAGGGCCAAUAAUUCUGUUCAUUUUAAUCCAGUCCAAUAGAUAGCGCUCUGUUUAGAGUAGAGUAUACUUAUAGUGGACAGAAGACUAAUAGGGCAAUAAUUACACAGCUGCCCAGGAUCGCCUUUUUUCUUAAAAUAAAUUGGUAUUAUUACAGAAGUUAACCACGACUUUGUAACAUUUUGUCCAUGUCCAGGAAUUUGUCGAUCACCCCUUCGAAUUGCAGGGACCAUCUAAUCCUUUUCAGAAUACUAUGGGAGGCCUGAUCUGAGUUAGCAGGCUUCAGGAUCUUAUUAGCUGGGCUGCAUUGUAUAGUCAGAAGUAGGGGUGUGUGUGUUCACUUUCUGUAUGGACUCCAGUAGAAAAGAAGUUGACAUCAGAAUAUAGGUUUAGAGCAGGCAUGGCCAAACUUGGCCCUCCAGCUGUUUUGGGACUACAAUUCCCAUCAUCCCUGACCACUGGGCCUGUUAGCUAGGGAUGGUGGGAGUUGUAGUCCCAAAACAUCUGGAGGGCCAAGUUUGGCCAUGCCUGGAUAAGAGAAUAGAUUGAAUAGUCAACUCCACUAUGACCCCUUGUCGAGAUAAAAGUAAACUCAUCAUCACCAGGUAAGUUAUUCGGUCCAUUUAAUAUAACUGCAUUAUGGGCAAUACAAAAAUCCAUAAGUUUUCACUCUGCUUUAUUAGUUAAUCUAUCCUUAGAGGAGCAGGAAACAGACAAUGGAGUGGGUAUUAUAUCUGGUCGUUCAAAGCCCAAUUGGCUUGUCCCAAUUAGCAGUUAGAAUCAUCUCAUCUCCUGAGGGAGGGAGGUAGAAAUUUACCAAAAUUACCAGUUCAUUAUUCAUAGUUAUUAGGUAAGCUUGGGCUGAUGGAGGAUAAGUGCCAAAAGGAGUUGUAUUGAAUGGCAGGCCAGAUCUGAUUAAGAUCAAUAAGCCAGCUUUGUGGAGACCUUUGGAGAAUUGUCUAUGAGCAGGUAGAUUGUAUGAAGAGAACCCAGCAAUGUCACUAACCAGGUUUCUUGAAGUAAUAUACAAUUGAAUAUACCCCUCCCAUCCAGCAAUGUUCCAGGAGAUGAGGUGAAGAAUCCCAGUAGGGGCACCUGCUGGAUGCCAAUCAGGAUCUACAGUUUGAUCCAGAGGUCUAUUCCUGAGGGACAUUGUCAUUUAUUUGAGGGGCACAAGGAAAAGUUGGGUUAAGUUCCAUAUCCCCUGAAAUCAGAUCUAUCAGUGGGCUUUGCAUUUUACAGAUCAGUUGCGGGGAUUCUUGGUUUUCAGGGAAUAAAAACUUUGCACCAUUGCUCUCUAUUUGAUGGGCCACUUUCACUUCUGUCAGCCUGCCAGCACUUGAAGAUAGCAACAGAGGCCUCAAAGUGUCACCGAGUUUGUGGGUAUGAGAGACAAAGAGAAGACCUUUUCUAUGGUAGCCCCACAUCUCUUGAGUCACGUUACCAACUGCAAUUGGACAAGUUUUAUUCCUACAACUAUUUAGGAGACCCCUACAGAAUCAGUUGUUUUUGUAGCCUUUCCCCUAAGUUGCUGUGUUUCCCUAAUGCGAAUUUUGGUUACUGAUAACUUUUGUCUUUCAGAUUUUUAGGGUUGUGUGUUGUUACUGCAUUCUUGAUCAUGGCUUUGUUGUUCUAACCGUGUUUUCGUAUACUUUUUUAAAAAAAACUUGAGAUAGUUUCCCCUGCUUUAAAGGAGUCUGAGAAACAUUUUAAAUAAAUAUAAUUAAUUCUGAAUCCUUGACUGAGGAGCUCAUAGUAAUCGCUAGGUAUUUUUGUUGUCAGUCUCUUUUGAUCAUGUUGCACGUUCUCCUUUACUAGUACUUAAUUCAGAGAGAUCCUUCAGAGAGCAGCUUUCCUCCCUAUGGAAUUCCAGAUCUGUUUUUUGGGACAUUUGAAACAUUGUGGAAUGUCAUGGGGUAGGACAGGGCAGUUUGGUGCAGGGAAAUUAUGUGCAGAGAAAGGCCUAAUUCUUCCCUCCCUUGCCACUUCUGCAAUCCUAAUCACCUCUCCUCAAGGAACACUUCCUGUUUUAGAAAUUGCCAUGGAGACAAUAUGGCUCACUACCAUCUAAUAUGACAAUGGCUCUUAAUCUAAAGUGAGGCUCACUUGAACAUUAAAACACUUAACAUUUUAAACCAGCAAUUAAUAUUUAAGUAAAGCUACACAAAUUGUUAAAAUAAGGAGUCUACAUUAUUGCUCUGAUGCCCAUCAGCGUGCAGAAAAGAUUUUUUUGGUUUCAUGAUGAAAUACAACUGGUUAUCCCCCCUUCUUUAGAGGAGAGGGACUUUAUUGCUUUGUGUAAAGUUUUAGAUUUGUUAUACAAUUGUCUGCUUCCUUUCCUCUUCUUUGAGAUUCAGUCGAAAUAUCUAAAAGACAAAACAUAUUGUCAAGAGUUUAGAUAUUUUUUUCCUCCAGACUUUUUUUUCUUUCUUUCAUAAAGCUACCCACAGCAAACUGCUUGUCAUUAAAUUCUAUUUUCUUGGCAGUUGCUAUUAAGCGUAUGCAAGUCUGGAGUCAUUUGUGAAACAUCAGCUGUCAUGAGUUUGUUCCAAUUUAUAAUCAUCCAGGAUUUUCCACGUUGCUUUCAAAGAACAGGGUUAAAUGCAUGCCCUGAAAGAGAGUUGGAAAUGGCUUGCUGAUCUCUAUUAAUCUGCUGUUUCUAUAAUCAAACACAUGUGUUUGUUUAUCUGGUUAAAUUGUUAAUGAUAUCGAAAUUGGCUGCUGGAAGCUGAAUCAUCCAGCAGACAUUUCCGUCGCUGUUUCUUGAGUCUGCCUUGUGCUGUGGCCUGUAAAAGAACAAUAUAUUCAUAAUAAUUUUAAACCAUUACACUAACUUCUUGCAGAUCUCAUCUCAACAAACCACCCCAUCCCCUAUUUUAGACGAGUGAGAUUUGAUGUCUCGGCGAUGGAAAAAAACGCUUCCAACCUGGUGAAGGCAGAAUUUAGAGUCUUUCGAUUGCAGAAUCCAAAGGCUCGUGUCUCGGAACAACGGAUAGAACUGUAUCAGGUAAAACUGUGGUGAUCAUUGCUGUCUCUUGACCAUUGCUGUCUCUUGUCUGUGUGACCCUUUCUGUGCAAGGUAGAGUUCGGCUGAUUUUAAUGUACGCUUCUCUCUUAACAGGGAACUGUGAGAAAUGUAGUUCAUGUGAGGCAGGUCUGGGGAUCUGCAACAGAAUUCUCACUACCUCACCAAACUACCAUUCCCAGGAUCCUUUGGGAGAUGCCAGACCAAUAUAAAUAGUAUAAAGCAGAUCUAAGUUUGUAGUGUAUAUACUAACAUAUUCAAGCAUUUCUUGCACGUUUUCUGUCAGAUAUGAGAGAAAUGGGAAGAACAACUUGAACAUGUAUCCCAGCCAAUUCAGUUUCACACUUACUUUAGAAACCACAGUUUAAGCCUCAGAUGUGAAAAGAACCAUAGUCUGUUGAAUUAUUUUGACUGGAGUUCAUGUUCUCCCUCUUGCUGGGCUAGAUGGGUCUUUGGUUUGAUCCAGAAGGGAUUGUCUUAUGUUCUUGGGAGCUGGAAAAGGAGGUUUCUCCUUAAGACGCUUUUACGGUAGAAUUAAAAAAGUGGUACCUCAGUUUAAGAACUCAAUUCAUUCUGGAGGUUUGUUCUUAACCUGAAAUUGUUCUUAACAUGAAGCACCACUUUAGCUAAUGGGGCCUCCCGCUGCCGCCGCACGCUUUCUGUACUCAUCCUGAAUCAACGUUCUUAACCUGAGGUAACCUGAAGUGUCUGUAACCUGAAUCGUCUGUAACCCAAGGUACCACUAUAUUAGGUGGGCUGAAACUAAGUAGCUGUGUGAGUAUUUUGCACUGGGUAUUUUAUUAAGGAACACUGCACUGUAUUAUUGAAGAGAUGCCCUUAACACAGAAAUGGUGGCAUCUUGUCAACCCAAUGCAUGCAGAAGGCCCCAGGUUCAAACCCCAGCACCCUCAGGUAUGGCUGGAAGAGAUUCCUUCCUCAAACCCUGGAGAGGUGCUGACACCCAACGUAGACAAUGCUGAGCUAGAUAUACCAAUAAUAGUAUAGGGCAGCUCCUAUAUUCCUCUGCUUGAAUAAUGCUUCUUUCUUAAUUUGUGUCUUGCUCCUGUUGGCAUGGUGAUAGCACAGCACCCCUGAACAGUGAGGUUUAGGGUGAGCACUUCAUAAGAAUUCUGAACUAAUAUCAAACAUAGUAUUAAUGAGGGCUGCAUCCCUGUAUAAUAAUAUAAAAAGGUAAAGGGACCCCUGACCACUAGGUCCAGUCGCGGACGACUCUGGGGUUGCGGUGCUCAUCUUGCUUUACUGGCCGAGGGAGCCGGCAUACAGCUUCCGGGUCAUGUGGCCAGCAUGACUAAGCCGCUUCUGGCGAACCAGAGCAGUGCACGGAAACGCCGUUUACCUUCCCGCCGGAGUGGUACCUAUUUAUCUACUUGCACUUUGACGUGCUUUCGAACUGCUAGGUUGGCAGGAGCAGGGACCGAACAAAGGGAGCUCACCCCGUCAUGGGGAUUCGAGCCAACGACCUUCUGAUUGACAAGCCCUAGACUCUGUGGUUUAGACCACAGCGCCACCCAAGUCCCUAAGUAUAAUAAUAUAAAUAUAUAUAAAUAAUGUCAUACAUUUAUAUUAUACUCAGAACUAUGUCCCACUGAUUUCUACAGUUAAGCAAGGAUGGGAUCACAGCUCUACAGCUGUGUCUUAUAAACAUUUACUCAGAAGCCAGUCCAGUUCUUAUUCCCAAGGACAUGUGCUCAGGAUUGCAGCCUUAGUUUGUUAAAAAUCAGAGCCGAAAGCUGGGUGGAGUCUUUAUCUCAUCCUCAACCCGUCUGACCCCAUUUUGUCGUCUUUGAUUAUUGAUGCUGCUAUACAUUCCUGGGAGUUUGUUUUAUUUUUGUUUCUAACCAUUCCGUCACUUAACUGACUUUAAAAAAAGAAGAAGCAUUGACUCACUUAUUUGUUUGUUUAACACGUUUAUACCCCACCCUUUAGCAAAAAUAAAAAUAAGAAAGACUCUUAGAGCAGCUUACAAAAAUCAGUACUAAAUUAAUCCCUGCCCUCUCAGGCUCACAAUCUAAAAAGACAUGGCACAUAAGGAAAAAGGAGUGGGCGGGAGGAGGAAAAAGCAAGCUCCAGAACAAGUGCUUUCAACACAGUUAUAUAGUUCUAUUCAAGCAGAUUUCGGCCGUCUAAAGUAGCAGCUCCUUGCCAGUGUCAGUGGUUGUUUUUCCCGUGAUAAAGCGCAGUCCCUCCCUGAUGCACUCUUCCUGCCCCCUCUUCAGAUCCAGGAACAGUGUCCAGGCCAGGAGGGCAGUUCCUGCCAUACAUUUCUUGCCUCAGACAGCUAUUGUGACGGUAUUUAGAGUUCUCCCUCAUGGGAGUUUGAUGGAGUUACCCCUCCUCUCUUGCUGAUGUCUGUGGCACUUCAUAUAUAGUGAACUUGCAUCUUCAUAUGCAUUUCAGUUAAAUCAGAGUGCUGAGAUUUGAGACGGAUUAGUGCUGAGAUCUGAGACGCGGGUGGCGCUGUGGUCUAAACCACUGAGCCUCUUGGGCUUGCUGAUCAGAAGGUUGGCGGUUCAAAUCCCCGCAACGGGGUGAGCCCCCGUUGCUCGGUCCCUGCUCCUGCCAACCUAGCAAUUCAAAAGCACGCCAAAAAGUGCAAGUAGAUAAAUAGGUACCGCUCCGGCGAGAAGGUAAACGGCGUUUCUGUAGGCUGCUCUGGUUUCGGUGUUCCAUUACACCAGAAGCGGCUUAGUCCUGCUGGCCACAUGACCCAGAAAAACUGUCUGCGGGCAAACACUGGCUCCCUCAGCCUGUAAAGUGAGAUGAGCGCUGCAACCCCAGAGUCGUUUGCAACUGGACUUAACUGUCAGGGGUCCUUUACCUUUUUUUUUUUUUUAGCCCCCCCCCCCCCCGAAACCAGCAACAUGGCGUUUUCAGCUUAACUUCACUGUGAUUUUUCAUGCAUUUGUGUUUAGCCAUUUCCCUCAAACGACGUCUGUGAAAUGAUUAAUUGAAAUUAGGAGCCUGCCUUACGUUCUUACAUCUUCAACCAGAUAAUAAUAAUACCACCACCACCCCGAGCUAAUUCAUAUAAUUUAAGCCCUUUGUUUCGAACCCUGUUUUCUGCUUGUGUUUUCUGUUUCCUUUACCACAUGGCUGCCAGGCUUCAGACUACAGGUUGUUGGUUAUAUUCUGUGUUGUUAUACCGGUAAUUCACCACCAUAUGAGAUACCAUUUAUAUUUUUAUGUUUCAGACAUGAAAACAUAUUGGGUUAUCUUGGCUUCCGGGAGGGGUGAGGACAGGGGGUGACUUUGGUAAGCUCUGGGGGGGUGGCUUUGGGGAGGUAGGGGGUUUGUGCAGCUAGGCAGGGUUGGCAGGCAAAGAGUCAGUGACUUUUUAGUUUGAUAUAAUAAAACUUGAUUUAAAAUUUGCAUUCCACUUUUCCAACAAAGUGUUGAGUGACUCGCAGUAAUGACAAGUGUUAACAAUUAGCAAACGUUUCAGUCAAUACGAUCAUAGCCUGAACUGAAUAUGGAAGUGAUCAAGAAAGAGAUCAUCUCAUGGUUUAUUCAUGGACUCUAAUACUGGUUUACUGUCUGCAAAAAGCCACUUGCAGUUGCCAUCUCGGCCCGUGAUAAAUGUGCUCAGAUGAUUUAUUUUACCACUUCCACAUUUAUUUGAGGCUGGAGAAACGGCAAUUCCAUGGAUGGAAAGUAAUCCUAGAAUGUGGAUGUGUGAAUACUAGUCCUUCCAAAUAGGGACCAUUUGUGUACAGUCCCAUUGACUACUGUACAUACAUCAUCAGGCUGCAACGAGAUGUUAUGACAAUCACCAAAAACAGUGGCUAUGCCUCCUUUCCCCUCCAGUAAUGUUUAGUAAUUUAUAUUAUUUAUUCCUUAUCUAGAGUUGUAGACCACCCUUCAUCACUUAUAAUGAUCUCAGGGCAGUUUCCAGAAUAUCAUAAAAUAAACAUCAUUUACUACACACACACACACACACACACACACACACACACACCAGUUAAAACUAUCAUUAAAAUUGCAGUUAAUGCUGAAUGCUGCGGCCCAAUUGCUGACAGGAAUAAGAUUCUGUCAGCAUAUUACACCUUUGUUCAAAGAUCUGCACAGGCUGCUGUUUUGUUACAGGGCCGAGUUGAGUGUUUUACUAUUGGUAUAUAAAGACGUGCCUUCUCCACCAAUUUCAGCCUGCAGAACUUGCCCUUUUACAAGUGCCAAAUAAUAUUCACUCCACAUUUUCAAGGAAUCAGUCUUUAGACUGUGUCAGCACCUAAAACCUUUUUUAAGCCUACCCAGACAUAUGAAUUAGUUACCUGUAUUCAUUCUCAACAUUUUACCAAUUUUAUUUUUGUUUUAAUGUUAAUUGUUUUAAUGAUGAUUAUUUUAUUCAUAUUUGGUUUUCUAAUAGUUUUUGUGGAUUUUAGCUGUGUAUUAUUUUCAAUUUUAUUAUGCACACCCCUUAAAACUAAUAAAAAGAAACACCCCAGAGCAUCCUAAAAUUACUGAAAACAGAAAGCGGCCUUGCUGGUUUAUGCCUGGUAGAAUAGGAAUGUUUUCCCUUGAUGGUUGAAAUCCAUCAGGGUCUGUAGUCUGCUCUUUUGGCAGUAGGGUGUUCCAUAGGUAGGGACCCACAACAGAGGAAGCUGUUGCACAUGUCGCAACCCAGUGGGACAAGCUUAACAGUGAGACAAGGGCCCGGGAUGGAUGAUAUAGGAGAACGUGUCUCAAGAAACAUGCCUGCCAUGACAUCAUCACGCACUGCUAUGACAUCAUCGCCAAUGUGUUUCACAGUCAUCAGCCAAUGAAGCAGAUUUAGCAGGAGACUGUUUUGUUGGCAGCCAUAUUUCAGUCCCAAUAUGUCAUUCUAGCCUCAGAGCUACAUAGCAUUGUUGUUAAGGAAUCAUAGAAGGGACCCAAGGGUCAUCUAGUCCAGCCUCAGUGAUGCAGGAAUCAGCUGAAGCAUCCAAGACAGAUAGGUGGCCACCCAAGCUCUGCUUAAAAACCUCCACUGAAGGAGUCCACAACCACCCGAAGAGAUCCAUUCCACUGUCGAACAGCUCUUACUGACGGAAAGUUAUUCUGGAUGUUUAGUUCUUUCUUGUAACGUGAAGCCAUUGGUUCGAGUCCUACCCUCCAUCCAGGCAGGGUGCACAGAAUUCCCCUGUCCCUCAUAAUAGUAAAGGGUCCUAUGAAAACCGAAACAUAUUAAAGAGCCUUCCUGGGUUUGUCUCUUCCCAUUAAUGGGAGCUUACCAUAUAGUUAAAGCUAUGGUUUUCCCAGUAGUGUUGUAUGGAAGUGAGAGCUGGACCAUAAAGAAGGCUGAUCGCUGAAGAAUUGAUGCUUUUGAAUUAUGGUGCUGGAGGAGACUCUUGAGAGUCCCAUGGACUGCUAGAAAGCUCAAACCUCUCCAUUCUGAAGGAAAUCAGCCCUAAGUUCUCACUGGAAGGACAGAUUCUGAAGCUGAGGCUCCAAUACUUUGGCCACCUCAUGAGAAGAGAAGACUGUCUGGAAAAGACCCUGAUGUUGGGAAAGAUUGAGGGCACAAGGAGACAUUGGGGGACGACAGAGGACGAGGUGGUUGGACAGUGUUCUCGAAGCUACCAACAAGUGUUUGACCAAACUGCAGGAGGCAGUGGAAGACAGGAAUGCCUGGCGUGCUCUGGUCCAUGGGGUCACGAAGAGUCGGACACGACUAAACGACUAAACAACAACAUAAGACACUGUCCUCAACAUAAGUUCUAACAAAAGACCAAGACUUUAGGUAAUAUAAGACGGAUAAAAGUCCUUUAACAGGGGGAAGGGGGAGGGAAAUAAAAUGAUUAAACAAACAAGCUCAAGCAUCCACCAGUGUCUCUUGCUAUGUUUUGAAAGAUUGAUGCCAAAUGCGGGAUUUAUUGGAAUUUGAUCAGAUAAAAAUUUGAAUGUUGUGGGAAUGUCUUUGAACCCGUCGACUUGGCGGCCCCUUUGGUAGCCUUCACCACAUCUUUAUUUUAUUAAGGUGCUUCUGUAUUUAGAAAUAAACCGCUGCUCCCAUUUUUCUUUUUCUUUUUAUGAAUAGGCAUCCUGAAAAGGCACCCCUGGCAGAGUAGGACAAGUGGUGGUGGGGGGGCAGUGGAGGGAGGAAGCAGAGCAGGGCACAAAUCCUAUCCGUUGUUUGGAGUGGUUGCAGCGAGAUUGUUUUUAUGGCAGUUUAUUAGCUACAGACUAUAAAACAAUAACGUGUUCAAAUGACUUCCUAUGGAAACAGUGCCAUGUUUUGGUAACACAUCAUAAAGCAUCAUGAGGAAUGGAGCUGAAAUUCUGGGUUUUAUUACUACUGUUAUCUGAGGCUUUAGCCUGCUUAGGUACCUGAUAGGCUGCUGGAAGGGAGGAAUGCAAUGAUACAGGGAUGGAGGAGGAGAGGGGGGGACACAUUGAGCUGCACUGGGCUUCCAGCGGCAGCUCGGACCCCAGGGGGGACAUUAUAUUACAAGGAAGGACUUGAGGAGGCAAAAGGUUUAAGGCAUUUUUCUGCUCUCAGUUACACUGGUGUGGGUUUCGGAUCACCAGUACGAUUCCUUCAGAUCCUGCUGAAAUAAAGAUGGGAAGAGAUCGCACAGGAGGAGCAUGGUUGCAUGAUGGGCUCCACAAGGAGCAGAAUAAGGUGGAAUAGUUUGGUGGGUGGGUGUUGUAGAAUGGACUGUACCACUUCAUGCUGGAAGUGGGUGGGGGCCAUCUUUUUUUGGAUUCUCCCCUGCACUAGCAGGGAAUGGACUGGCUGGAUUCAGUGGUGAGAGGUAAAAGGUAAAGGUAAAAGACCCCUGGACAGUUAAGUCCAGUCAAAGGCGACUAUGGGGUUGCGGCACUCAUCUUGGCUUUCAGGCUGAGGGAGCCGGCGUUUGUCCACAGACUGCUUUCCUGGUCAUGUGGCCAGCAUGACUAAACCACAGCAGGACGCCAUGACGGAAACCAGAGCGCACAGAAACGCCAUUUACCUUCCUGCUGCAGUGAUACUUGUUUAUCUACUUGCACUGGUGUGCUUUCAACUGCUAGGUUGGUAGGAGCUGGGACAGAGCAAUGGGAGCUCACCCCGUGGUGGGGAUUCAAACCACCAACCUUCCGAUCAGCAAGCCCAAGAGGCUCAGUGGUUUAGACAACAGCGCCACCCACUGGUGGGGGGCACCAGCUGGGGAACCCACAAAGAAGAAGGCUCAGAGCCAGGGGAUCGGUGGUGGGUCGACGAUGAGUGGUCAGAAUCUGAAGAAGUAACAGGGUUUAGUGAGCAGGAAGAGGCUGUGGCAGAGGGCAAUCCAGAAUCAGAGGCAGAAGUGCAGGCUGGAGAGGAGGGCAGCCAAGAGGCAGAGAUGAUGCAGGCUGCUGAAGAAUAAGCCCUCUGGAAUAAGUUACCAGCUGAAAUUAGACAGGCUAUACAGGGGCCUUGUUUAUUGACAUCUGUCUAGAAAUCAAGAUUGCUGGUUGCACCCAUUGAUCAUCUUAAGUGUUUGCUACUAUUGCUCCUUAAGAUAUUGGUGUUAAUGCAGCUGUGAGACUUUGCAGCUGUCCACAGGAUUCCUCUUGUGUAGCCUCACUUGUUUGUCACCAAAAUGCUGAUGACUAAGCUCUGUCUCUUGGCUUCAUUCAGUCUUCCUGCAGCAAAUGUAUGUGACUUAGAGGAAAGCCAAGACAGGAUUGUGCAAGAGCCAUUCCACACCAGGCUUUAUAUUGGGCAUAAAAUCUAGCAUCAAAUUAUCACCCUAGUUUAUUUAUUAAUUCUCAUGUUGAGAUGCGAUGGCACUGAAUGCUGACCUCCAAAUAUUGGAAGAGGUGUGUCAAUCAGCAUCCCUAAAAACAAAACAAAAAAGAGGGCUUGCUCUGGUUUAGUGGCUUUGCCUUCUAUGGCUUGAUGUUUUAAUAAAACCUACCACGCCUCAGGCGAGCUACAGCUAAAUGCUCGUGCCUCUUUUUUUGCCGAGGUUUAUUUGUUUUGCUUUGCAUGACAUCUUCGUUCCUGACAAUCUCGACAUCUCCCUCAACUUCAGGAAAUUGCACCGAGCAUUUCGGCAUUUUCCUGGGGAGAAACUUUGUUUGUCUGUUUUUUGCUUGACGGUACUGAGACCGCUUUGUGCUGAACUGUAAAGUGAAGAAGACAGAAACAAGGGCGAGUUGUUGGGACGGCUUCCCAGCUUUGUAGACGUUAUUUUGCUCCGCUAGCUAGAUCAGAGGUAGCAGCCAACCAGUGUGGUGGCCUCCAGAUGUUACUGAACUACAUCUCCCAUCAUCCCUGACCAUGGGCCAUGCUGGCAAAGGCUGAUGGGAGUUGGGGUCCAGCAACAACAUCUGGAGGGCAUAAUAUUGCCUACGCCAAAGCCAGAUGGUUAGUGACUUCUUUGCAAUGUAUUCCCACAAUCGAUAACUCAUUCCAUUACCAUGAGAUUAUCCUGCGACAUGAUUAAGGAAAAUGUUUUGCAUGGAUCUCCACUUGUUGGGGGGUGGGUGGUACCAGAUUAUGGAGGUUAGUGAGAAAUAACCUAGUCCACAUGGAAGAAUACUGAUGUCAUGUGGUAUUUAUUUGAUUAUCAGUUUCAGCAAAUUUAUACAGUACAGUGGAACCUCUACUCGCAUACGGAAUCUGUUCCGGAGGUCCGUUCGUGAGUCAAUCCGGGUUGCUGGUAGAAGCGCCGUUCUGCGUGUGUGCAGACAGUGGCAGCCGCUUCUGAGCAUGUGUAGAUGGCAGAAGCACGUACGUGAAUCACGGCAAACCCAGUAUUUACUUCCGGGUUUGCUGCGGUCACAAGUCGAUUUGUUCGUGAGUAGGGGCGGUGGUAAGUCGAGGUUCUACUGUUUCUAAGCGGUGUACAAUGAAGAUACAAAAGAGAUGCAAAUGAUAAAAUUUGUUAAAAUGUACUGUUAAACCAGAAAAGCUUACUUAAAAUGCCUGUUGAAAUCUUUAAAAGUCUUCAUCAGACACCUGGUGUUCAAAAGGAAGGGGACCUGUCUAGAGGCACCAGCUUCUCAGGAUUACUGAGGGGUCCCUGAUGUCACGCAUGGAGGCAGAGGGUGGAACCCAAAGCCCUCUGAACAAUGUGGGGCCCAAAGUGCCUCCGCCCCCAGGAACUAGCACCUACGGUAGAGCUUUUCAAACUGUGUGUUGCGCGACACGUUAGUAUGUCAGCUGCAGUGUGUAGGUAUGUCGCACAAACGCUCCCUGCACUCCUCCUGGGGCUGGAAAGGGUUCGUUUCACUUCCAGUUUGCUAGUAAAACUGAAUUACUGUGUCAUGAAAUGAUGCAAAACUGAAUUACUGUGUCUCAAAAUGAUGCCUGUCCAGAAAGUGUCACCAACUUGAAAAGUUUGGAAAGCUCUGACCUCUGGACCUGUGUGAUCACAGCCGGGAGAGAAAUCCAGAGAAUUAGGCCCACAAAUCUGAAUACUCAGUUUCUGGUGGAUGCGAGCUGUGCGUCUGACCCAUGAGAGACUACUAACAGUGACUCCCCUGAAUAUCUCAGUGAUCAGGCAGGGAUAUAAGGCACCAAACAGGCCUUAUGAUGUCCUGGACCCAAGAUUUGACCUUGAACUUGGCCUGGUACCGUAUGAGCAGCCCAUAUGAUUGUGUUACUGUUGUGCUAUGGUUGUUGAAGUACCACUUCCUACAUUUUCUGCCACACAGGUAGUUGUCAUGUGAAAGGAUACAGCCUUGCAGUUGCAACCCAUCCUCAUUCUUUAUUGCUCUCCACACUUUCCAUAUACCUGCCCCUUAAACACAAUCUUUGGCAAUAUUGAGAGUAAUCAUUUCCAACAUAGGCUAAAAUUAGACAGUGUAGUGUUGUAGCCAGCAAUGAAAAUGGGAUGUUGUUGGCAAAUGUGGCUCUUUGAUCAGACUGUCCGCUCCAGGAAAAAGACUGACACAGAGCAGUUCUGUAUAUGCAGUGUUACCCUUGCAGAUAGCAGGCCCUGAAGUUCAUAACAGCCAGCAUUAAGAGCUGGCAGUGAAAAUAUGGGGGACCCAAAGAAAGAAACAAGCUGUGGAUGGGGACAGGAGACCCACCAGCCCAUUGUAGUUUGUCAACAGAUCUCUGCACACAUUGAAAACCAUUUCUCACAGUCAUGAGGGCUAGUAACAUUCAAUUUUUAAAAACAUGUCUGGUUUUUACUAUUGUUCAACAUGGGUGCAGAGGAUGGAAGCAACCCUGUUGUGACUGUGUGAACUAAUGUGGCUGCUACACCCACCCAAGCCGUAAUUGGGUUUGGUCUGUGUCUGCAGCAUGUACUCUUUAUUUGCAAACUUGCAUGAUGAACGUGCUUGGCAAUUUCUCAGGAAGCGGAUCACAGAACUAUAGGCUUUAAAACAUUUGGCAAGUCAUAUGUACCUUUUGUAUUUUGGCAAGAACUCUGCACCUCGUACAAUAGUUUAUAAGGACCACAUUCUGCUCUCAAUUAUUGCCAGAUCCAAACCUCGUUGAAACCAAGGGAAAGACCCCUGUUUGCUUCCAUGGCUGCAAUGCCAUUCCCCUUUGCAAUCGCACACCAUUACGCAAGGCUGGCCGACAGAAGAGCAGGACGUGGAGGGUUUGGCAGGUCGGCCUGGUUGCCUAAAAAGGCCUGCUUGAACCCCUGUUGAAUGACGUCCAUGCAAAAUGUGCUGGAGUGGCUUUGCAGUAAGUGAUGGACAACCUGAGUCACUUUCCCAGAAGAGAGAAGCAAACGCAUAGGAUUAGUUGACACCAGAGCUGAAACCUCAAGUUUCUCCCCUCCUUCCAUGAAACAAAUGGUUCUCUCCCACCCCCGCUUUAUCUUCACAACAGCUGGGAUAGUUUGGGUGGUAGAGCAUGAGACUCUUGAUCUCAGGGUCAUGGUUCAUGUCCCACGAUGGACAAAGGAUUCUGGCAUUGUGUGGGGGUUGCACUAGAUGGUUCCUUCCAACUCCACACUUCCAUGAUUCUAACCCUCUGAGGCAGGUUAGGCUUGAGAGAUAGAGACUGGCCCAAGGUUAUCAAAUGGGCUUCAGGGCUCAGUGGGCAGCUGAACUGGGAUCUGCUCCCAUCAUAGUCCAAUGCUCCAACCACUGCAACCCAGCUGUGGCAUGGGCCAGCCUUUAGCAGUUAAGAUGGUAGAUGAAGGUACUAGCAAGUUAAACUUACCAAUUUUGUUUUGAACAUGUUUUCCCCACCCCUGUGCGUAUAAAAUCUGUUUAUGUGUUUAUGGUGUGACCGAUGUAACUUAGAAGUCAACUUGUAGUUGAAAGUUGCAUUCAUGUCUUUAUCGAUGACGCUGGGUUCAGAAGAGCAUACCUGGGGAUUUUUGCUCACCUUAGUGACCUUAAGGAAUGCACAGCCAAACUCUGUAUUCUCAUCAUACACUGCUCACAAAUAGUCGGUUAUAUAACCAAGUAAGCAUCACCUUAGGCUAGUCACACUUCUCUGAAGUCUCUCAGCCUCACUCACCUCACAGAGUGUUUGUUGUGGGGGAGGAAGUGAAAGGAGAUGGUUAGCCACUUUUGAGACUCCUUAAGGGGAGUGAAAGGCGGAAUAUCAAGUCCAAACUCCUCCUCUUCCUCCUCCUCCUCCUCCUCCUCCUCCUCUUCUUCUUCUUCUUCUUCUUCCUCUUCCUCUUCCUCUUCCUCUUCUUCUUCUACAGUAUAGGUUUUGGAGGUUUGCAUGAGGUCAUCAUUUUGUACUUUGGGUGUGAGACAGAGGGAGGGGUGGUGGUACCCAUAAUGGUGGUUGUGGGUAGGGGGAUGGGGCACUAAGGUGGAGACACUAUGUGGGGAGACUCAGAUUCCUACAGGCCAUCCCAUUAGGCAGGUACCUUGUGGAAUGGCUGCUGUGCCUUCUGGCCUGCUAGUAUUCUAUUGGUUAACAAUGAAGUCUCACGCCUCCACCUUUUGAUUGUAGAUGAAGGAGGUGACUUGGCAUGUAUUACUGAGAUCUAGACGGAACUGAUCUAACCCCGCUUUGCCCACAUAGGUACUUGGUGCAGCACCAGUUUGUCGCCCUUCCUUUAUUCAGCUUUAAAGUACAGUGGUACCACGGGUUAAGAACUUAAUUUGUUCUGGAGGUCCAUUCUUAACCUGAAACUGUUCUUAACCUGAGGUACCACUUUAGCUAAUGGGGCCUCCUGCUGCCGCCACGCCGCUGCUGCAUGAUUUCUGUUCUCAUCCUGAAGCCAAGUUCUUAACCCGAGGUACUAUUUCUGGCUUAGCGGCGUCUGUAACCUGAAGUGUCUGUAACCCGAGAUACCACAGUAUCUUAUUUUGGUAUUGCAUCGUAUUGCAGUUGUAGCUCAUUAUACUUCCCUUGCCACAUAAGACGGGAAAUUUGCAUGCAUGGAUGUUGCACUUUUCCCUGCAAGUUAAAACAUGUCAAUGCAACACUGGCAGCGCAGGUCAGGAUUGCCAGUUUUACAAGCAAAAGCACUGGGCAAGUUGGGAUGUCACAACAAACCAUGGUUUAUCUUGACAAGAGCGAGCAGCUGUGGGCCUUGGGUUGGUGUGUUCUGUUCCCCACCUCCUCUUCCAAUGCAAUCAUGAGGCAGUGGUGGGAAGGUCUUGUUUCCUUUUUAGAUUUCAUUUUGCCUGAAUCUGACAAACUGUGGUUUGAAAUUAGCCUGCUUUAACAAACCACGGUUAAAAGGGUUUGGACAGCACACAAAAGUAUGGUUAAUUUAAAAAAAAUGAAAGUUAGAGACCCCGACUCACUUUGUCUCUUUCCCAUCAGUGUGCUGUAAUGGUUAGCUACGGUUUGGGAGACUAGGGUCUAAAUCCCCACUUGGUGACCUUGGGCUAGUCACUUCCUCUCAACCUAGCCUACCUCACAGGGUUGUUGUAGGGAUUAAAUGAGAAGGUGGGGAACCAUGUAUGCCUUGAGUUCCUUGGAGAAAAAGAUGGGAUGUAAAUGAACGAACCAUGGUUCAAACUGUUACUACCAUUUGCCUCAGCUGAUCACUGGACAGGGGAGUAUCUAGCCCAUGAAAGGCAAUUCCCAAGCCCUGUGCAAUGCAAGCCUGGCACCUUGGCAGUCACCUGGGGCACCUGCCACUAAAUCUGGCUCUGGGCAAUGGAAAAUGGUAUCUGGGCACAGAUGUUUGUACACUGUUAAAGCUGAGCAGGUCAUGUCUUAAUGAUGGACAUUCUGCUAGUAAAUAAAUCAGUGAAAGCAAGACUAGCGUUUUUAUUUUCCAAUAUCUUAUUGAAUCAUGUUGUCCUGUGGAGAAUUUUAUAUGCUUUUUUGAAAAGCUAACGCACUCUGGGUUAUAUCAGAAAUACGUAAAGCAGGUCAACACAAGUAAAAGAGGAUGUAGUCUGCGUUUGAAAUGUGCUUUUAUUUUCCUCCAGUGUCCCGGCAAUGAUGAAAUUCUAACCCACUUUGCUGUGGUUUGUAGUAACUUCUGGCUUUGAAAGCCUGGAUCUCAGUUCUGUUACCUCUUUGUAGUGCACCGAGAGAUUGAGCCAGGAGGGAAACAGUUCUGGGAUGAGCAAAGAAUCUUGGAGCCAUGAGUUAAAGCUACUCUGAUCUUUAAAACCCUAACCAUCCUGCCAUAUUCAUUUGCAACACAGGAACAUACGCAGCAUCCCAGAUGAAAAGCAGGAUGCCACCAGGUCUGGUUGCAACAUCAAAAUUUGCAGGCUCAAUGUUGGAAUCCAAUUUCAUUCUAUAUAUUUAUAUUCAUAUCUGCUGUAUGUGAUUAUUUGUAACCUGUUGGGUGCAGCAAUUAUUUUCUGUACCAUUGCCAUCUUGUUUUGAGCUAGUUUUUCCUCUCAGUGAAAUCCUGAAAGCCCAUAACCAACAGAAUGCAUGUUGUCUUUUCUCGUUUGCAGGUUCUGAAAACCAAAGAUCUAACAUCACCUAUGCAGCGCUACAUUGAUAGCAAGGUAGUUAAAACCAGAGCUGAAGGCGAGUGGCUAUCUUUCGAUGUAACUGAUGCAGUACACGAGUGGCUCCACCACCGAGGUGACCAUAUUAUCCUAAGCCUUUGAUCAUUUAGAGCCUGCCUAUGCUAAAUCUAAAUAGUUUCAGGUCUGCACUGGAUCUAAAGGCAAUUUCCCCUUCCUUCCCUUGUGUUUUGCAGACAGGAAUCUUGGAUUUAAGAUAAGUUUACACUGUCCAUGUUGCACGUUCGUGCCUUCAAAUAAUUAUAUCAUCCCAAAUAAAAGUGAAGAGCUAGAGGCAAGAUUUGCAGGUAAUGACAAAGCAUAAAAAUUAAAAUUGUUAUGUGAUAAGUAAGAGGAGUUUUUACAGUACGUGGAAAAUACAAAAAACCCAGUUCAUUGAAAAGAUUGAGAUCUGUGUGUUUAUUUUGUGUGUUUAUUUUGUGUGUGUGUGUGUGUGUUGGUCUCCUUCCUGAAAGAAAGCUCACCACAUUUCUCCAGGGCAGCUAAGAGGGAAUGCUCAUGGUAACACCAAAGUUUAUUGAAGCCAAAUAUUGUUUGGAUGAUAACUGGGAUUCCCCAGAAGCGCGAUGCAAAUCCCUGACUGGCUCCACACCCAAAUCCAAGUGGAUUCGUCAACUGAAUCAAGUGGGAGCAAGUGGAUCAUGGUUAUUGUGUUACUAGCAAAUGAGAACAAAGGAAACAUUUGUGGAUAGGUUGUUUUUUUUAAAAAAAACGGCAAUCCACAAGAGUGUUUCAGGGUGGAAUACAUUGGAAUUAAAAAUCCAUCUUGCAACAAUAAAGGAACCCAUAAUUGAUUUAACAGAAAAUUACAACAAAAUUGAGAAGAAUCAAAUUCAGUGAUAAUUUAAAUUGCCUAAGAAAGCAAGAUGAAGGGUCCCCAUUCCAUUGUCCAUCUUAAAUCAAGCCCUCACCCCUGAGUUUGCUGCUUUUGUGUGUAGUUUAAUUUACGGGGUCUCAAAUACAGUAAUGGGAUCUGGAAGAAUGAGUGUGUGCUUGUGUACAGAGAUUGGGUUGUUGUUUUUCCUUUAGUGAUGAUACCUGGGUGGGUUUCAGUAUCCUGUCAAAAUUUAUUUCCUGUUAUCUUCUAGUGCAAUCUAACCCCAUACAAAUCAAUGAGUCAGACUAUUGUUUUCAGCCUUAGACUUCAGUCCUAAGCAUACAUAUUAGUGUGUAAGUCCUAUUGUGCUCAGUGGGACUGUAAGCAUUCUUAGGAUUGGACUGCACAGCAUUUUUAUCUUAGAUUAGUAGAGUGUAUCAGAAGUGUAGAGUUAAUAUUUGAGUUAAAUAAAUAUCUAAAUGCAUGUUGUACUAAAAUAACUGUGAAAGAAAAAAAACUUUAAUAUAUUGUAUUACAACUGACUAAAUGACUAAUCAUGAAUGCAGAUGAAGUUUAUCAUAUAGUUAUCUCCUGGCAUUGUUAUGUGCUGAAAUUGCAUUUUAUUUUAUUUUAUCUGAUUGAGGGCAGAAUAUGUGUUCAGUUUGGAUACUUCUCCAAACCACAGCUUGACAGAUUAGGAACAUGCCGUGGAUUCACACAGCCUCCAUCUUCUGUUGUACACCGGUUCCAACUUCUGUUUCUGGGUUGUUCUAACCAUAGUUUGCCAUGAUAUGCUAUACCGAACCAUGAUUAGUGCUAACCUACAAAGCAUGGUUUACAAACAUAUUUCAAAUCAUGGUUUGGGGCUCAGCAUUAACCAUAGUUUCUACAACUCAGACAUCAUACUAUAGUAAAAUAGAGAUGAGUGUUGGUGUUUGAUGAAGGAAGGCAGUGCUAUAGAACUUCCUAAACAAAGGUUUGGAAGGUUGUCUCAAAGGAGCCACAGCGAUCAACAUAAUGAGAACUUCUUAUGAAAUUUACAUAUGCAUAUCAGCAUGUGAUAAAUGCUCCCACCCAAUGCCAGUGCCCUCUGAUUUUUUUAUCUGUGGUUCGAGUUUCUUGUAAAAAGUUGGUUUAUAUAAUUUGUUCCAGAAGAGCAGCACAAUAUUUAUUACCAAAAUGUAUUUUUUAAAGGUAUUGAUGACUACUACACAUAUCCCAGUGGUGAGAAAUCUUUAAAGCCCAGUAGGAAAAAAAACAGUGGGAAGACCCCACAUCUUCUGCUAAUGUUAUUGCCCUCCUACAGAGUUGAGUCGCAACAGUCCAGUCGGCGGAGGAAGCGUGCUCUAGAUGCUGCCUAUUGUUUUAGGUAAUUAUGGAUUGAGGCGUUGUCUCUGCCUGCAUGCGUAGAAAUAGGUUAACAUUCAUAGAAUAUAAAUACAGCCCCAUAAUUCCAUGAUUCUGUUUUGGUUUUUUUUAAAUGCCUCUUGCUGGGUAUGAACAAAGAGCAGUAGUUGAACACCCGGGUUCUUAUAGUCUCGUUACAACUGAUUUAAUGUAACAAAAUUCAAAUUUUCUUCCCAGUAAAUUCCAUUAUCUCCUACUGGCCUUAGUUGUAAUGAAAGAUCACAUUUACUUCCCACUACCCCACCCCCACCCCACCCCCCACAGAAAACAAAAAACCCAUGCACAUUGUGGCCAAGUUUAGAUGUACAGUGGAACCUCAGUCUUUGAAUGUAAUCCGUUCCGGAAGAUUGUUCAACUUCCGAAACGUUCGAAAACAGAGGAUCAAUGGGCGGUCAGUAAAAUCCAUUGAAAAAAUGGGAAACACGUAGCGAAAGCCGUUCGAUUUCCGAAGCACGUUCGAAAAUGGAAACUAUUACUUCCAGGUUUUCGUUAUUCGGGUUCCAAAUUGUUCAGCUUCUGAGAUGCUCGAAAACCGAGGUUCCACUGUAGCAGGAAACAGUAUUUCCUGGCAGUAUGGAACAACCUGUGAUGAGCUUUGGGCUUGCAUAUACAUUUCUAUCUCUCUUCUACUGCUGGUUUGCUCUAAUAGCCCAGGAUCUGAAACAACAGUUUUAACCUGAUGUGUGAUCACUAACCAUAAGUUAAAUAAACCACCGUUCCCUGAGUUCUGGUGUCAUGGGAAACAAGCUAAGCUAGCCCACAUCCUAUGCGUACCUGCUUAGGAGAAAGUCCCACUGAGUUUGUGAGAUUUUCUUUUUUAAUACAGUGCACAGGAAGGCGCUGUAGUAUGCCAAGAGAGUGCCCCUAAAACUUAAGUGCAUAAAAAAAAUAUGAAAGUCUCCUGUAAGUCCCUCCACAGAGCAGGCUGUCCACUGUAUCGCUGAAUGAUUUGCUGUUCUAGUCUUACUUCCCACCGAUUAGCUUCCAUUGGAGAUGAAUAAUGCUGUCACGUUUCUGCAUUGCGUUUGUUUGAAUCAUCCAUUCACUCCUGAUAGAAAGAGCAGGGAUUGAAGAAGACAUUGAUUUCCUUUCCGACCCAUGUUCAUCGCACGCAGCCCCGUUUCUGUUCUCCUGCAGUUCAGUUUCUGAUGUAAAGUCAUCUCUUUGCCUGCUGUGGUGGGACUUUAUGGAAUUAAUUAUGCAAAUAAUUAAUUGCUGGAUUGAUUCCUGGUCCAGACAAAUAAGCGAACGUUGGCCAUUUCCGCUCCUGUUUCCACUGCCAUGAGAUUGCUUCAACACCCCUGGCAGCGAGAUAGAUUGGAAUUAACUGUUGUUGGAGGAGAUUUACCCAGAGGAAUGACUCAUGCAGAAACACCAUUGGGCAAGUUUCAGAUGAACUGCCUUGUGUAUUGUGAUACUUGUGUAUCAAAAUAUAGAACUCAUUCAACCAAGAACAGGAUCCUGGUUGGUCCAGAGUCCUCUUCCAGCCCUAUGCGGGGGCCUUUUCUCACAUUUACUGAGCAGGUAGCCAACUGGAAGUUACAGGGAUGGCCAGCGUGCUCCCUUUGCUCAUGCUUUUAUCUAUUUCAUUAACAAAAUUUAUAUACCACUUUCCCAACAGAAGACCUGGAAGUGACUUAUACUGGACAAUAUAAAAUAUUUGUUAACAGAUACUAAUAAAAUGUUUAAAAUAUGCGAGGGGGUUAUUACUAUUGCCGCAGGGAUAGCAAACAUGGCACCCUCAGAUGUUGUUGGACUCUAUCUCCCAUCAUCCCUAGCCACUGGGCAGGCUUGGUCCAACAAGAUCUGGAGAGCGCUACAUUGUAUGUUUCUUACUAUUUUGAAAGUAAAAGUUUUUUGAUCUAAAAAUGAAGUGUACCCCUAAUUCAGAAGAAAGCAUCCAUUUUGAGAAUCAUAGUAUUGUAAAGUUGGGAGGGAUCCCAAGGGUCAUGUGAUCUAACCCCCUGCAAUCUCAACAAAAGCAUCCAUGGCGCAUGGCCACCCAAGUUUGAUGGAACACUGCAUAGGGCUUACAAAGAAUCUGUUUGAGCUCAGCUUCUUGCUCCCCUGCCCAGUUUUGGUGGCUGUGACUGUAAUAAUAUGCUUGUCUGCAAUUGCAUUUUCAGGAACGUGCAAGACAACUGCUGCCUGCGCCCAUUUUAUAUUGACUUCAAGAGAGAUCUGGGAUGGAAAUGGAUACAUGAACCUAAAGGAUACCAUGCAAAUUUCUGUGCAGGAGCUUGUCCUUAUUUAUGGAGCUCAGAUACUCAGCAUAGUAGAGUAAGUCUCUUCCUUUGCGGGGUGGGAUGGGGGUUAUAUUUGUUUCCUGAUAGAAUAUUAACUCUGUAUUGGGUGGGGGUGGGUGCAGAAAAGCAGGGUGUCUGAUAAUAAAAAUAAGUUUUUCUUUGUCCUCCCCCUGCAAAAAAAAACACAACCCCUGACAGCUAGUGCAUUAUACUAGUGUAUUAUUGACACAAUAAAUUUCCAAUACAAUAAAAUUUGGCGCUGCCAAAGUCUUUUAAAAAUAACUGGUGCAACAUGUCUAGUCUGCACACCAGCUGAACAUAUUUCAAACACAGGUCUGCCUUAACAGCUUUUAUUUUUAAGUCCAGUUGCACAGCACACUCUCUGGCAGAAUAUCCUCCAUCUCCCAUCACAUGGCCAGGGAUUAUGGGAAUUAGAGUCUGGCAACAUCUGGAGGGCCACCGGUUCCCCAUCCAUGCCCUAAAACAACCAGCACCUGAGCAGGGCCAGGGCGAUUUCAUUCCGACCUCAGUGCCUUCUCCCUGCUGAAGCAGAUGCCUGAGGAGUAGUGGCAACAGUUUCCUGGGCCUGUCCUGUUCUAAAAUCAGUUUAGGCCCUUCUGUAGGCCAGGUUUUGAUCUUCCACACGGCCCUAAUGCACUGACUCCACCCAUGGAAGUCAUUCUAGGGCAGGCCUGCACAACACAUGGGACUUCUAUGUUGCGCAGGCCUGUUCUAGGGAAAGGAAUUCUCCUGGGCGGCUGUGAUCAGGAUUGGGUGUGUUCCAUGUGCUGGCUUGUGAAAACCCAGCACAGAAUCUAGGGUCUGGCACACACUUUGGCAUCCCGAAAAUCCUGGCUUUCGUCGCUAACACAAAAGCCAGCUUCUCUUGGUUGCAGAGAGAAAGCUUGAAAGAUUUGGGGCAGCGCCUGCUUCUUUGAGGAGCUAAGGAAAGGUUGGGAAGGGUGGCUUUCGGUCUGCCCUUUGUAAUUCCUCUGCCCCCAAUUCUACACCUAUAACCUAUAACGCCCUUGCCAUUUUUCCUCUGCUCUGUCCCAGUGCCACCUCAGCCCUUUCUCUCCGUCCUAUCCCAGUGCCAUCCUAGUCUCCUUUUUAAAUGGAAACAGUCUUAAUUCACUGUAAGCCCAGGUUUCAAGAGAGCAAAAUCUUCACAGGACGCUGCCUCAUCCAGAGUCAGACCAUUGGUCUAUCUAUCUCAGAGUGGGGAACCUUUUACGACCAGAUCCUUACCUCUGGGUGAUGGAACCUGGCACCUUCUGCAGAGCACAUGCUCUGUCCCUGAGCUGUGCCCCUUUCGAAACUGAAAGUGGGUAUAAAUGAUUGUGGAAUUCACUGUUAAUGGAGGUUAGAACUCUCAGUGGCUUUGCGUCACAGUGGCUAUAUGCUGCUUUUAGUAUACUCUUUUCCGAGCACAAUUCAAAGUGUUGGUGCUGACCUUUUAAAGCCCUAAACAGCCCCGGUCCAGUAUAUCUGAAGGAGCGUCUCCACCCCCAUCGUUCUACCCGGACACUGAGGUCCAGUGCCGAGGGUCUUCUGGCAGUACCCUCACUGCGAGAAGCCAAGUUACAGGGAACCAGGCAGAGGGCCUUCUUGGUAGUGGCACCCGCCCUGUGGAACACCCUCCCACCAGAUGUCAAAGAGAAGAACAACUACCAGACUUUUAGAAGACAUCUGAAGGCAACCCUGUUUAGGGAAGCUUUUAAUGUUUAACAGACCACUGUAUUUUAAUACUUUGUUGGAAGCCGUCCAGAGCGGCUGUGGAAACCCAGCCAGAUGAGCGGGGUAUAAAUAAAUUACUACUACUACUACUACUACUACUACAUUGAAAGCUGUUGGAUGGCAGCUAUGGGAGAGGGCGGUUGGCCCCGUGUCUUGCCUGUGGUCUUCCCAGAAGCAACUGGUUGUCUACUAUGAAUGAAUGUGAAUCGAUUAAUUACGGUCCACUAAGGAAACAGGAUCCUGGGUUUGGUCUUUGGUCUGAUCCAGCAUCCCAGUUCUUCAUGUUUGUAAAACCAAGCUGAAAUCCAUGGAACCUAUGAAAUGUGUUGCUGAGCAUCUGGAGGAAAUGCCUUCAUCUCUCUUUCCUCUCUUUCCAGGUUCUCAGCUUGUAUAACACUAUCAACCCAGAAGCCUCUGCAUCUCCAUGCUGUGUAUCCCAAGAUUUGGAGCCCCUCACCAUCUUGUAUUACAUUGGAAAAACGCCCAAAAUCGAACAACUUUCUAACAUGAUCGUAAAGUCUUGCAAAUGCAGCUAAGGGAUAUUCUGAAGCAGCACGGCAAGUGCAUUGGAAAAGAAAGGAAGAAAACAAAACAUAAGAAGAAGAAGAAGAAAUGUAAAGAACACAUAGGGUCAAGCAGUGAUUUAAAAAAAAAAACCAAAGGAGAAAAAAAAAAGCGGUACUAGUCCAAAUCGUAUGAGAGUUUGUUUCAUUGUUUUGCGUUUUGUUUUCAAAAAAAAAACCACACACCAUCAUCUGAAGCAAAAACCGUGAAGGCCUUAUCUUACAUUUCAACUACUUGGUUAGUGAGAUAGACAAGAAGGAAUUUUCUUUUUUAAAAAAAAAAAAGCAAAAAAAAAAACUAACAAGAAAGAAAAGAAAAUGACAAAAAAAAACCUUUUAAAAAAAUAAACACUGGAAGAAUUUGAUAGAGUUCUUAUGUGAAAGGAAAAAAACAGGAAAAAUAUCCCAUUCAGUGGAGUUGCUGUAUCUGUUCCGUGGCUUACUUGACCUCCGUGUUACGCCAUAGAUUCUCUACCCAUUCCCUGUAGUUCUUAGGAAUUAACAGCGCAUUAUUUAUUUUUGUGUUAUAUGAUCAAAUGAGGGAGCAUGUCAUUACCAUUGGGGAGGGGUGGGGGGAACGAGGGAGCAAAAAAACAAACAAAAAACGAGCAGACCAAAUAAACUGCAAGAAACCUGGUUUCAUUCCUUAGGAACCUGAGCUCAAAAAAAUAGAUUUUUUUUUUUAAAAAACCUGCAAACCAUGAUUUGUUUAGCUCAGUUAAAACAGUAGUUCGCUAUUUUUCAGGAAGUCUGCCUUAAAAAGAAAAAGCCACAUACACCGUUGUUUUUCUUGCCGAGAGCCUAUGCAAAGCCUCACACCAUUUGUUUUUAUACUGAAAACCUUAACAAUAAAGGACAUUUUUGUUUCAGUCUCAAAGACAAGUCUAUUAAGAUUCUUUUAAACAUGCAAACAUACCACCACCAGUGACUGUAAAUGAACUAAACCGUCAGUUUAGUAAACCAGUGAAAUAUUUAACAUGUACUGGUCUAAUCUUCAGACCCUAAUAUGUUGCUGUAUAGCUAUUGCUUUGGGAUUGUUUGUCUGUUUUAUUUGUGUGCACGCGGGAUUUUCUUUUGUUUUUUUGUUUUGUAUAUGUAACCGUACCUAUAGUAUUACAAUAGGUGGGUAGUAAGAAGCCAGCUUAAUUGGAAACAUAUCUGUAGAUUUCUAUUGUAAACUAUUAAAAAAUUAAGUACUUUAUGUGUAACGUGUAAAUUUUCACCAUAUUUUUGUAUUCUGUUAAUACUGUCAACUCUGAAGAGUUUUAACUUAGGGGCUCUUGUUGAUCACUUGGAAUUGUGUGUUUCCCUCUAGCUGGCCAGUAUGAGUGAAGCCCCUGAUUUUUUGUCCCCCCCCCCCCAACUUGCACUACAAAUACAUGUUUUGUAAUAUUUGCUAUACAUGAGCUUUGUAUGUUGUUUUUCAUCCUGACGAUAUAAGCUACCUGACUCCAAUUUCAUUCUGUUUCAGAAGAAGAAAAUAAGGUAGAGUAAAAACAAAGCAAACAAAAGGCAAGGCAAACUCCCACCCCCCCUUAGUCAUACAUUUGAAAAUGGGAGGCUUCAAAAUGCUGAAGUUUAAAAUCUCUCUUUGGGUGCUGGAGCAGAAGGCAAUUUUCUCUUUUUUCCCAGAUGGCAAGGACAACACAAAAGCAAAGACUUCUGCACUUCUGGACUUAUCAUUGAUCAGCUUGUAUAAGCCAUUCAUUGGCCUGAUCAAGUUGUGGUCACCCGUAGUUUGUCAAAGGGCACAUCCAGCCACUUCAGAUUAGCAUUGCGGUGGUGCUGGGGGACUGCAUGAGACUGUGUAUAUGCAUCAGCAAUAUGCAGGGGGAAAGGCCACUUACACGUGCAGCCUCACUUCUUCCACUUAGGGGGAUUGGUUAGUUUCUGUUCUGUUUAAUUCCAUAACGGGGUAUCGGAGUCAGUUCAGCCGCAGUCAAAAUGAAAAGAGGAAAGUCACACGCUACACCCCCAUUCUGAUAUAGCAGGCGCAGGGGUUUGGAUCUUGGCUCUGCUGUAGCACCCACUGGGUGACCUUGCGCUAGUCGCCUUUUCUCAGCCUAGCCUACCUCACAGAGUGGUUGCAAGGAUAUGACAGGCAUGUGUCCUGCCUUGAGCUCCUGGGAGGAAAAAGCAUUCUGUUUUGCAAUCCCAGACAGUCCUGUAUUUGAAGGGCUGCUGGAAUAGGCUUCUAUUUGAAGGAGUCCUCUGUUGAGCUUGUCUAGGCCAAGCCUGGCUUAAAGAUAAAAACAGGAAGAAAGACUCAGGGCCAUAAAGAUGCCCAGUAACUGUUAGCAGCUGAGUGCAGGGUUCUACACAUUGGCAAUAUGUAUUGUAUGUCUAUUUAAAUUAGAAAUUAUUUCCAAAUUUUGCAUCGCGACAUAAAUUAACACAUGCAAAGUCCAUGCAAAUCUCUUGUCUUUUUUUGUGAUGUGUGGGUUAAACCACAGAGCCUAGGACUUGCUGAUCAGAAGGUCGGCAGUUCGAAUCCCCGCGACGGGAUGAGCUCCCGUUGUUCAUCCCAGCUCCUGCCAACCUAGCAGUUUGAAAGCACGUCAAAGUGCAAGUAGAUAAAUAGGUACCACUCUGGCAGGAAGUAAACGGCGUUUCUGUGCGCUGCUCUGGUUCUCUGGAAGCGGCUUAGUCCUGCUGGCCACAUGACCUGGAAGCUGAACACCAGCUCCCUUGGCCAAUAAAGCGAGAUGAGCGCGCAACCCCAGAGUCAGUCAUGACUGGACCUAACGGUCAGGGGUCCCUUUACCUUUACCUUUAAGUGGCCAACUUAGCUGCUGGAUGGGGAAGGAGAAGUGUCUAGCUUGCCUGGGAAGAUUUCAGGUUUGUUUUUAAAGGAAAGGUUUGCAGCUGGUUCAAAUGGAAUGGCAUUUGUACCGCACAGUUGUGCUCACACUUCUCCACAUAGCCCAAACCUGCUUCCCUGCACAUGCAGCCUAGCUAGGUUUGCACAUCACAUGCCAAAGUCUUUAGUCCUAAAUGAUCCAGGGUGCGUUUAAAAAAUCACAAUAGUGCCUUUAAAUUGAUACGGUCAAGGGUUUGUUCGGUUUCAAGAUUGAGGUUUGAUUCAUACUUUCAGGAAGGUUUGAGUUUGAGGGGAACACAAGCCAUGCAUAUGGGGGUUCACAAUGAGGUAAAUAAAUUCAGCCACAGGGAUCAUUAGUUGUAUGGUUGUAUGGCUAUUAAAAUAAUCCAUAUUAAAUUCACAUCAUUUUAACUCUGAAUUUAAGUAAAUAACAUUCAGUUUGUUUAAACUGUAACUAGUAGUGCAAUCCUACAUAUGUUUACUUGGGAGUAAGUCCCACUGUGUUGGGUUGGGCCUACACAGCCACAGUGGGAACACGGCCUUAAUUGUUUUUAUCUGACCCAAGUGCCAAAGUGCUUUCCCCCAAGGCUACAUAAAUUACAUUUUGACAGCCAACUUGAGGGCUACAGACUCAGUCCCUUCAAAAGGACAAAAUCUACCUGUAGGACAGUCAUUUGAACCCAGGGUUAUUAUUGUUCAGCUUUGCCUAUCUUAUCUGGAGAUGAUGAACAUUUGUUUUCAAAGUUGUUGUCCGCAAAUGACCAGUUUCUCAAAUGAUUUAUAGGAUCAGGCCUUCCAUCUGUGCAUUUUUAUUUUGUCUUACAUAAUUUAUUCAUUGCUUCCCCUGAUAACGCCUUUCUCUUUUUCUUCAUUAAAGUGCAAAAGGAACCACACAAAA